GGAAGAAGCAGCGUCCGCGCAGCGCGGCGCCGGGCUUGCUACGGGGCUGCGGAUUGGAGGCUGGCCGGAUUACUUUGUUUCGGGGCUCCGCGCUGGAAUUGCGAGCGAGCAGAAGCUGGAGGGGAAUCGGCUGGAAGGGAGCCGCCUCCUUGGGAAGAAGCCUGAGCAGGUGAGCGGGUGCAUCUCAAGGAGAGAGAGAGGGAGAUCGAGAGAGAUCCAGCUGGAGAGGUUAGCGCCUUUGCAUUUUCUGUUUCUCCAGAUCCGUGAUCCAGAUCCGUGCAACAGCUGGAGGGGUUUGAUAUCGGUGGGGGAAAUGAUGAAUUGGCACCUCUCUGGGAGCCCGUGGCUUUGGGCGGUGCAAAGGGUCCUUUUCUCCGCACGCCCCCCGCUUCCAAAAGGGCUAUUGUGUCUCGUGUGGGUCGCGUCACGUCGGUGGGGCGGUGAGGGGUGACAGCUGGUUGACACCCCCGAACCAGAUGGGUUUGGCAGCGCAGGGCUUCGAGCGGAGGAAGGGUGCCUCUGAACAUGUGCGGAGGGCCGCCCCCAACCUCCCUCAUCAGCCAGCAGAAUGCGAGUUUUGACCAGACAAGAUGAGGAGACAGGCGGAGGGGUGCGUGUUUCCCAAGCAAAAGGGGAAGAUGAAUGGGGGUCUUCUCUCUCUCGACCUCUUUGCGGGUCCUACUGCGGACCGACGGAUUUUGAGUGUGCUCUUCAACCUUUUGAAAGGUCCAUUGUGUGUAAUGUGUGGCUUAUGUCUUUGGAGGUGAGGAGAUGCAACCCCCCCCCCCAAAAAAAAACAACAAAUGUUUUGCGGCACAGGGCUUUGGAAGUGUGAAAGAAGAGCAUAGUGCCUUCUGAGCAUGUGUGGAGUGUCGCCACCAACUGAAGUGGUGCUUUCGGCCACACACAAGGCUAAGAUUGGGAGAUGGAGCAAAAUAAUUUAUCUGGACAGUUCUCCUGGUAGGCUUGAACCCCCAGCGUUUGGGGGUCGGAGGAGGAGGAGGAAAGGUGUCGCUACUGAAUGAAUUUCCUAACGUGAGAGAUUCAAGGGCAUCGCUCAAGUCUUUGCUCCAGAAUCGCGUCUCUCUCUAAGCCAGGGCUGGAAACCUGUGGCCCACUGCAGCUCCAUCAGGCCGGACUAGCAUGACCAAUGGUUAGAGAUGGCACUAGCAUCUAGGGGACACCCUGUGGGCUUCCCUUGGCCUACUCUGACUGGCAGCAGCCCUGUAGGGUUUCAGGCAGGGGAUGUUCCCAGCCUGUUCUGGAGGUGCCACUGGGGAUUUCUGCAUGCAGAGCAUGCCCCUGAGCUAUGGCUCUUCCCUUAAAAACAGAGCGAGGUUCCGGUCCUCAUGAUUCUAAGCACAGGGCAGCUUUAAAUAAUAACAUAGCAAGCUGCCUUAUCCUGAACAGGGGCCCAUCUGGCUCAGUACUGUCUACACAUUUAUCAGCUGCUUUCUGGGGUUUCAGGCAGGGGACGUUCCCAUCCCCACUAGGAGAUGGCAGGGAUUGAACCUGGGAACUUCUGCAUGCAUGGCAGGUGUACUGAGCUGUAGCCAGCAUGGCAGGGGUUAUGGGACUUAGCAUUGUAGUAUCAUAGAAUCGUAGAGUUGGAAGGGACCACCAGGGUCAUCUAGUCCAACCCCCAUCUAGUCCAACCCCCUGCAAGGCAGGAAUCCUUUUGCCCCAAAUGGGUCUCGAACCCACAACCCUGACAUUAUGAGUCUCAUGCUCUGUCUACAGAGCUUCUGGGGGGUCCCAGCUUUCCCACAUUCAGGUGUGGGAAGGGACAGAGAGAAAAGGGCAUGGCACAUCUUUAUUUUUUGGGAGGAGGGCAGUCUUAGAGUUCCUGUCUUCCAGCUCUGAAGAAGGGAAAGGCUUUAGUUCAGUAGUAGAGCACCUGCCUUGCAUGCAGAAGUUCCUGGGUUCAGUCCCCAUAGGGGUAAGUAUGUCCCUUGACUGAAAUCUUGCAGAGCUGUUUUUGGUCAGUGUCGACAGCGGUUAGCACAAGGCAGCUUCCUGUGCUACUCUUUAAAUCAGCCCUUUUAUUCAGAACAAUGAGGACUAGGAUCUUGCUUUGCUUUUAAGCGAAAGACCACAGCUCAGCUGCAGAACAUCUGCUGUACACACAGAAGUUACCAGGUUCAAUCCCUAGUGGCACCUCCUGAAAAACCCUGCAGAGCUGCUGCCAGGCACUGUAGAAUCAUAGAACUGUACAGUUGGAAGGGGCCAGGUGGGUCACUUAGUCCAGCCCCCUGCACUGCAGGAAUCUUUUGCCCAAUGUGGGAUUCGAACCCAGGACACUGAGGUUAAGAGUCUCAUGCUUUACCAACUGAGCUAUCUCUAGGAAUAUUAGACAAUCUUGAGCUGGGUGAAUCAAUGAACUGACUCUGCCUUGAGCAGCUUGCUGAGUUUUUAUUUUCCAAAACUCCUCGUCAGAUACCACCCUCAGUUGUUAAAAAACGAGGUAGAGCUAGAGAUGAGACUCCUGUGAAGAGUUUGGGAGGGAGAGUGUGUCCUUGGGGCACCUUAAGGGUCAGAGAAAUGAAUUGUGGCAUAAGCGGUAGAGUCAGUUUCUGGAAAAGGAAUUCUGUGGUCCAUGCAAUCUCACAAGGCAAUGGCACAUUGCUGGAAGCUACAGGACAGGAGAGUGAUUCCUGCAUUGCAGGGGGCUGGAUUCGAUGACCCUUGGAUCCCUUCCAACUCUGAUUCCAUGAUCUUAUAAUAAGGCUGCCUUCCUAUAGCCACUUAUUUGGGAGUAAAUCCUAUUGAACUCGAUGGGACAUCCAAACAGGCAGGCUUAAGAUUGCGUUGCUAAAUCUCUCUUUAAGUCUUUGAAAUCUUUGUUAGGGAACCUGUAGCCCUCCAAAUGUUGCUGGACUUGCAAUGUGGCCAAAUAGGGAUGGCGGAAGUCCCUCAAAAACCUGGAGCGCUCUAGUCUCCCCACCCGUGCCUCAAGGGGCCUCAAGACUCCUCUGUGUGUAUUUGCUGAGAUGAGCUAAGAUGGCUACCUUUAUUUGGCCAGUCUGCUAACCUGCCCUACCUCACAGGGGUCUAGUGAGGCUCAAUCUGUGACCCUUGGUGGAUAGGUGAUGGUAGUGAUGAUGACUUUUCAUUUAAGUACCUCUCUCUUCAUUUAAAAAAAAAAUAAUCACAGGGCAGUUUGCAGAACGGAACAGCCCAGAAUGAGGUGGCAUGAGAUAACGAUUGCAAUAAACAAUAAUUAAAGCCCUGGCCCUAGUUAAGCCCUGCUGAGCUGUCAACUUGGUUAAUUGUCUGUCUUGACUCUCCAAGUUUUCUAUCAAGAGUGUUGCUCUCUUCUUCUCCUUUUUUAAAAAAGCUUGUUCCGUUUCCCCCUUUUUUGGAGACAGUGGAAAAAUACCACCUUAGGAUGAACCACUAAGUCUUUGCUGUCGCCAUACACACAACACCCCGCUCCCCGGCCUUCGGAUCCAUAUUGAUCAGCUAAGCAGGGGUGUGGGUGUGAUUGCAGUGAUGGCUGGUAGGGCGAAAAUCAGGGAGCCCUACAGUAGGGGGCGCCCAAGCCAACGAUAGACAAAGCCAGCUAACUCCAGCUUUGCCCUCCUCCUUGGCCCUGCUGAGUUCUACAAGGGACGGCAUUGGAGGUGUUUAAGCAUAGGUUGGACGGACCAUCUGUCAGGGAUUAUUUAGCUGCUGUUUCUGCAUUGCAGGGGGUUGGACUAGAUGGCCCUUGGAGGCCCCGUCCAAUAGCUCUGCUAUUCAGUGAUUCUAAGGAGGAGGAAGCUGACAGGCAGGGCGUCAUCCGGGCUGGUUGUAGGCAAGAGUGAGGACUGGCUGGGGGCAGACAGGGUUUAUUGAGCAGUGGCCCAUUGGCCGCAAAGGACCGUCCACAACUGGGCUAUUGCUCCUCAGUUUGAUGUUGGGGGAAAAAGAGCAACUUGCAUUCCCAUUUGCCCGCUUCAGUGCUGGGCCUGCUUCAAUUUCUAUCUUUCUUCCUUGCUGCCAAUCCAAAAUUGGUGGAUUCAUCUUGGGUGGGGGCAGAGAGAAUGGCAGAAAAACCAGGGUUUGGCCGUCCUCGCACUAAGGUUUCGCAAGCCCCCUAACCUGCUCCUCUGGUUUCUGGAAGUGAAAAAGGCACCCUACUGAGACCGCCACACUUUUGGGGUCCUUUGGUCUACAAACCUGGGUGGGCAGCCGAGUGUCGGAGACCACCCUUUUGCUCAAUCUCCUCCUCCAUUCAUCUUCUCCAACUUGCAGAUGGUUUUAUUUUGGGUGGUUUUUAGGUUGGGGAAAUCUUCUCCGUCUUCAUUCUCCCCUCGUCCCUAUUCCUCCAUCUCUAGACAGCACCUUCUGGAGAUGAUCCCAAGGUCUCCUUUAGAUGUGUAUGUACCAAAGCGGUAAUGAUAACUCCUAGCUGCCUCGAGUCUUGUGUUUGUGUGUUUGAUGCUUUCCCCGUAUUCCAGAAUGCAUCGGGUGCUCAUUGUACGUUGUAGGUGUCCUUCAUUAUUUUUAUUUUUUUUAAAUAGCUGUAGCUUUUCAGCUCUCCUGAGAUGGUAUGUGCUUUUGUUUUUGAAUGCUGAAUUGGCAAGGCUCCUGAGUUUUCCACCUGCUCCCUGUUUCCUCCAUAAACUGGUUUAUCCAGGUUAGCAGAACAAAAAACAGGAGUGUGGGGUUUGAUGGCAAGUCGCAAAUAAAUACCUCCUCCCCCAUCCCCUUUUCAUAUACAGUGGUACCUCGGGUUAAGUACUUAAUUCGUUCCGGAGGUCCGUUCUUAACCUGAAACUGUUCUUAACCUGAACCACCACUUUAGCUAAUGGGGCCUCCUGCUGCUGCCGUGCCGCCGGAGCACGAUUUCUGUUCUUAUCCUGAAGCACUAUUUCUGGGUUAGCGGAGUCUGUAACCUGAAGCGUACGUAACCUGAAGCGUAUGUAACCCGAGGUACCACUGUAUUAUUAUUUUUUUAAUUGUUCAGUGCUUAAGAACCAGGAAAGGCCUCAUGAUAUUCCCCGCUGUCUUCUGUGGGGUUUAACACUACUUAUUUCAUUGUGGUUUCUGCCAUCUGGUGCAAGAGCUUGUGGCUUACCUAAUACCCGGCUUCCCCAAACUUGUGGUGGCCACAAAAAUGCUUCUGUUUACCCCUGCAGAAAGGGAAAGCACUUUCCCUUAAGAAGAUAAGAAAGGCCUGGUGGAUCAGGCCAGUGGCCCAUCUUGUCCAGCAUCCUCAUUGGCCAACCAGAUGCCCUGUGAGAAACCUGAAAGCAGGACUCGAACACAGGAGAACUCCUGCGGUUCCAAGCAACGGGUAUUCAGAAGCAUUGCUGCCUCUGCCAUGUAGCCAUCAAUAAUACCCUUCCCCUCCAUGAAUUUGUCCAGUCCUCUUUUAAAAAACCAUCAGGGUUUGUAGCUGCCACUGCCUCUUGUGGCAAGGAGUUCCAUAGUUUAACUCUGCGCUGUGUGAAGAAGUCUUUUUUUUUUUUAACCUGUCCUGAAUCUUCUAUCAUUGAAAUGUCCACAAGUUCUGUUGUUUUCAGAGAAGGGAGAAAAACUUUUCUCUAUCUACUUUCUCCAUGCUGCACAUGAUUUUAUAAACUUCUAUCAUGUCACCUUUGAAAUCCCAAACACUGCCACCUUUCCUUGUAGGAGAGUCGAUCUUCUAUCUACCCCAUUGAACAUUUGGGUUGCCCUUUCCCUCUUCGGACAGCCCUGUUUUUUCAGUUUUUAAAAAAGUGUUGUUUGCCUCUGGUGCAUGGAUGAACUGGCAGAGAAGCUCACCCUGGUGCUCUUGAAUGAGUCACUGUUCUGGGUGUGCCUCUGGCUUUGGAAACAGGCAAGCUCAGACCAGUGACUCAUCUAGCAGGCAGCCUCGCUGGCGAUUCUCUCUAGACCUGUCAUUCUAAAACUUCUUUUUCUGCUGCUGAGGAUCUUUGAGAAACACUUAGUGGACUUUUUCGUUUUCCUUGUGCCUUUAUCACUGACAUCUCCCUCAAAGCAGCACUGAAUUGUGAAAUCACAGGCCCUAGAAAACAGGCUGCAGAAAACAGCAUUUUUAACAGAUACAUUUUAAAGGGGGAAAUGGCCCCCGUUCCGUGUUUCUGAAAACUGUAGGCACCGGGCCAGAACCUUGUUAGUCUGUUUGGUAAUCCAGCUCUGGUCAAAAUGACCUCUAUCUCCACUGGCAAAAAAUUAAAAUAGAAAGAGAAGAUCAAAUUAAGAUAUCCUUGAUUUCUCUGCAAACUUUUUGCAGGCUGACUGAAACGAGGGUGCAAACCACCGGUUGGCCACAGACCACACAUUAUGGAAAACCUCUGUUCCUUAUAUAUUUAUAUCCAGCCUCAAUGUAGAAUGAUUCUGUUCUUCCCAUUUUUUAAUCACAACAGCCUUGUGAGGUAGGUUCGGCUGAGAAAGAGAGAGCUGUUGGUCCAAAGUCGUUAGCUUCAUUUUGUAAUAAAACACUUUGCACUGUGUGGAUAAAGUAGAGAGAGGAGAGUUUUCCCCCCUCUGUUGUAAUGCUGUAACUGAGAAGCUGGCUGCCUAAAGGUUCAUCUCUGGCUGUGAGUGACCGGUGAGAGUUGGAAUCCAGCAACACCCGGCGGGUGUCUGGUUUGUGAAGACUGCGGACCACACUGAUUCUCUGAUUUGGGAGCAGCCAAGAUGGUGUCUUUGUGAUGCUGUUGGAUCACAGCCCCCAUGACGCCCGAUACAACUCUCCACUUUGCUGGGAGUCCCUUCUGUGACUGGGGUAAAAGCUGCAAAGCUCUUGGCCUUGUAAAGUCUGGAGAGGUGGCUGGGCUUGCGUUGUCUCAGGGACGAAGGAACUAGCCCUGUCUCCUGUAGCCUUCCUGGUGCAGAAGGCCUAUGUGCAGGAUGAAUUCUACAGUGGGUUUUCGCAUGCUGAGGAGGUGUCAGGGAGCUCUGGCAGUUUUACAGCUGCAUCUCCCAUCUUUUUGGGUGUGUGUGUGUAUGUGGAAUGGGGAAUUGGCAUUAAAAAAAACAACAGGCUUUCUGGCUGGGGUGUGAAAGUGGGAAAUGGUAUAAUAUCUCUCGCUCAUUCAGAACAUGAAGUAAAUUGUCUCUGUGUUCCGAUGAGCUGUUCUGGAACAUCAAAAGAAGCAGCCAUCAGAUGAAGCUGAAAUUGGAAGCGAUAAAUCCUGCACACGGCAUGUGUUAGAUUUAAGGAUGGGCAACUCUCUCUCCGUUUUGGUUUCUCUUAUUUAUUUGUUAUUUUUAAUUUCUCCUCUAUCCCUAAUUGGAUUUCUCUUCCUGUUUGCUUGGAAUUUUACAAGGACAGACUUCGGCCACAUCCACACGCCGUGCAUUUAAAGCACGAUGAUAUCACUCUAAACCAGGGGUAGUCAACCUUUUUAUACCUACCGCCCACUAAUGCAUCUUUCUUGGUGGUAAAAUUUCCUUACCGCCCACCAGUGCUUGAUGGAAGGAGGAUUCCGCUUGUGCCAUAGAACCCCCUACUGCCCACCUGGAAUCCUGACACACCCACUAGUGGGCGGUAGGGACCAGGUUGACAAUCCCUCCUCUAAACUGUCAUGGCUUCCAUCAAAGAAUCUUGGGAGCUGUUGUUUCUUAAGGGUGCUGAAAGUUGUGAGAGGACCUGUACAGUCAUACCUCAGGUUACAGAGACUUCAGGUUGCGUUUUUUUUGGGUUAGGUAAAGGUAAAAGGACCCCUGACCAUUAGGUCCAGUCGUGGUCCAGUCGUGCGUUUUUUUUGGGUUAGGUAAAGGUAACCAUUAGGUCCAGUCGUGGUCCAGUCGUGCGUUUUUUUGGGGUUAGGUAAAGGUAAUAGGACCCCUGACCAUUAGGUCCAGUCGUGCGGCGCUCAUCUCACUUUAUUGGCCGAGGGAGCCGGCAUACAGCUUCUGGGUCAUGUGGCCAGCAUGACUAAGCCGCUUCUGGCGAACCAGAGCAGCGCACGGAAACGCCGUUUACCUUCCCACCAGAGCGGUACCUACUGUAUUUUUCGCCCUAUAGGACGCACUUUUUCCCCUCCAAAAAUGAAGGGGAAAUGUGUGUGCGUCCUAUGGGGCGAACGCAGGCUUUCGCUGAAGCCUGGAGAGCGAGAGGCGUCGGUGCGCACCGACCCCUCUCGCUCUCCAGGCUUCAGGAAGCUAUCCGCAAGCCUUGGGAGCCCACCGGAGUGCCCGCCGGGCUCCCAAGGCUUGCGGGCAGCAGCUUGCAGCCCGAAGCACGGGACAUCUGCUUCGGGCAGAUGUCCGCAAGCCUAGCGUGCCCGGUGGGAGGUCCCACCGGGCGCGCAAGGCUUGGGGCGGCAGCCUGUUCUGGGGGCUGGGGGCUGGGGUCGGGGGAAGCUCGGGCUUCCCCCGCCCCAGCCCCGCGGCUGGUGGGGGGGAAAUAUAUUUUUUUUAAUUCCCCCCCCCCAAAAAAAACUAGGUGCGUCCUAUGGGCCGGUGCGCCCUAUAGGACGAAAAAUACGGUAUUUAUCUACUUGCACUUUGACGUGCUUUCGAACUGCUGGGUUCGCAGGAGCUGGAACUGAGCAACGGGAGCUCGCCCCGUUGCGGGGAAUCGAACCGCCGACCUUCUGAUCAGCAAGUCCUAGGCUCUGUGGUUUAACCCACAGCGCCACCCGCAUCCCAUUUUUUGGGUUACGGACAGCCAAAACCUGGAAGUACCGGAACAGGUUACUUCUGGGUUUCGGCAGUCACGCAUGCGCAGAAGCGCUAAAUUGCACCUUGCGCAUGUGCAGAAGCGCUGAAUCACAACUGCGCAUGCGCAGACACGCCGCUGCAGGUUGCAAACGCUGCGGGUUGCAAACAUGCAUCCCACAUGGAUCAUGUUCGCAACCCGAGUGUCUACUGUAUUCCUCUUCCAGGGGAACAGUUCCCAGAAUGGAUUGACGAUCAAGUCCCUUUUCCCAGGGAACUCUGUUUUUGCAUGCAGAAGUUUCAACUCCUGGCAAGUCCAGAUUAGGCUAGGAAAGGUUCCUUUCUGAAACAUCAGACAACUGCUGCCAAUCUGUCACAGACUGGUUGGGCACAGAGGAAUGGUGGGGAGGAACCAGUGGGGGAAGGAGGCUGAGAGCCCGGGGAUUGGUGGUGGGAUGACGAGGAGUGGUCAGAGGGAGAAGAUUUGGGGUGAGGUGGUGUCAGAAACUCAGGAGGUAACAGCGCUUGGUGAGCUGGGAGAGUCUAUGGAAGAGAGAAGUCCAGAAUUGUGGGAAACUGGUUGCCCUUAUACAAAACUGUCAAAAAAAUAAUACCUCUACUGAAAGCAAAUUCAAGUACAGUGGUACCUUGGGUUGCAGACACUUCAGGUUACAGACUCUGCUAACCCAGAAAUAUUACUUCAGGUUAAAAACUUUGCUUCAGGAUGAGAACACAGAUUGUGUGGCGGCAGCGGGAGGCCCCAUUAGCUAAAGUGGUACCUCAGGUUAAGAACAGCUUCAGGUUAAGAACGGACCUCCAGAAUGAAUUAAGUUCUUAAACUGAGGUACCACUGUAGCUUCUGAGUGUUUUUAAGAGAGGUCUCCUCUUCCUCAUGUCCUCUUCAUAAACCGGAAUGCAUCCAUUCAGCAUGCACCUGGCCAGGCGUGAGGAGCCUACAAGAUGACAAAUGGCCUUCAUCUACCUGGUGCAGUUUCCUAAUGUGCUAACCAGACAAGGAGAGAUGUCUCUGCUGCGGCCUGGCUGGCCUUCUCGCUCCUGGCUUGGCUGCAUAUUACCACCGGCUCCCGACUGCAACACAGCUGACCUCCUGUUAGCACUGCAAAUGGAUCUUUCAGAAGCAUUUCAAGAAGAGAGAUGUUUCCCCACUGCCCCUCUGGGUGGAAAAUUGAGGGAGAAAUUUCGCUAAUUGGAUUUCUGUCUGGCCUGCCUUGAAUAUUUUACUGACGUGCUUGCAAUUGGGUGGAAUGCGACUAAAUUUCACUCAGAGUAGACCCAUUAAGAGUAAUGGACUUGCUAAGUUAGGCAUGGAUGGUGGAACAGAGCUGCUCUUACAACCAUUAAAGAGCAGCUCCGGGAAGUUAAAACAGGAUCAGAAUACCUCGCAGGCCUGAACAAAAGUUAAUGGAAACAUUCUUCGUAUGGUGCUAAGAAAAGAUAAUGAUGUUGGCACCAAAGGGACCUCUCUGGAGAAGAAGUUCCAAAAAUGGGGUGCUACCGCUGAAAAGGCCCUGUCUUAGAAUACUGGGAUCAGGAGUGGGCAGGCUUUUCAGGAUUGAGGGCCACAUUGCCUUAGGGGAAGGCGGUCAGGGGCCACAUGCGGGUGGCAGUGCUUGCAGCCAAAGCAAAAGGUAGGCGAGACACCCAUUAUCUGUCACUCUCUUCCUUUUAUCCACCCAUGGAAGACGGAGCAAGCUUUUUCCCCCCGCUGCUCUGGAGGGUAGGACCCAAACCAGUGGAUUCAACUGACAAUAAAGGAUAUUCUGACUAAACAUCAGGAAGAACUUUCUGAGGUAAGAGCUUUUUGACAACGGAAUAGACUCCCUUGGAAGGUGAUUGGAGGUUUUUAAGCAGAGGUCGGCUGCACAUCUGUCAUGGAAGCUUUAGCUGGAGUUACUGCAUUGCAGGGGGCUGGACUAGAGGACUCUUUGGGUUCCUUCCAACUCUACAAUUCAUAGAAUUCACUGAGGCAGUGUUAGAAACUCAGAUAUACAAGCUAGGCGCCCAAUGGCUCCUUAAACCAGGGUUACAGUUGUCAAAACAGAAUGUCUAGUUGCAGUUUUGGGGCCAGACAGCUUGAAAGUCAUAUUUACCAAUACAGUGGACACUCGGGUUGCGAACGUGAUCCGUGCGGGAGGCACAUUCGUAACCCGCAGCGUUCGCAACCCAUGCCCCACACGUCUGCGCACACAUGGGUCAUGAUUUGGUGCUUCUGCACAUGUGCAAAGUGCCGAAACCUGGAAGUAACCCAUUCCGGUAUUUCUGGGUUCGGCGCAGUGCACAGCCUGAAAUCGCACAACCCGAAGUGUCUGUAACCCGAGGUAUGACUGUAUUAUUUUUUUGGUUCCUGAAAUUAAUUUGAUUGUGCAGAUAAAAUAUGACAGAUAGAAUUCUACAGGAUGCUAGUCAAGAUCCAGUGAUCCCCAGACAUGCAUCUCCAGAUGGUGGAGACGUCAGACGCCACCUUGGGGGCCCAGGCAUCUUCACUUGGCCGCAAGUGGCCGAUAGGUAAAGGACUCCUGACCAUUAGGUCCAGUUUGUAGCCGUCCCUGCCUUCUAUCGGAAUAGGUAAAGGUAAAGGGACCCCAACCAUUAGGUCCAGUCGUGACCGACUCUGGGGUUGCGGCGCUCAUCUCGCUCUGUUGGCCAAGGGAGCCGGCGUACAGCUUCCAGGUCAUGUGGCCAGCAUGACUAAGCCGCUUCUGGCGAACCAGAGCAGAGCACGGAAACGCCAUUAGCGGUACCUAUUUAUCUACUUGCACUUUGAUGUGCUUUCAAACUGCUAGGUUGGCAGGAGCAGGGACCAAACAAUGGGAGCUCACCCCGUCGCAGGGAUUCGAACCGCCAGCCUUCUGAUCGGCAAGUCCUAGGCUCUGUGGUUUAACCCACAGUGCCACCCGGGCCAGGUUCAAAAUGCGCCUGGUCCCUGGUGAAUUUUGAAUGCUGUCCUGAGGAUCAUCUCGUCCAACCCCCUGCAAUGCAGGAAUAUACAGCUGUCCCAUACAAAGAUUGAACCUGCAACUUUCUCAUGCUGAGCACCAUGUUCUAACCUACUGAGCUAAUUCUUUGAUUCUACGUUGCGAUCACAAAAUAAGGGCAUUGAGCUGCAACGGGCAAGUGCCCCCCAAAUAAGGAGUGCCCCUAGUCAAUAGGAAUAGUUUUGAGCAUAUGUGAGCACCGUAAGGAAAUGUAAAGCUUUCAACAGCAUCUUUGGGGAACCUUGAGCUUAAUUUCAACAAGUUAUAAUUUGCCAGUGCAGGUAAUAAUUUUCCGUCUGCACAACUGGGAGUUAUAGUCUACGAGAAAAGCGUGCGACCGCAAGGGGAGAACUUUGAAACGAGCAUUUUCCCUCCCUCGUUUCUUGUUGCCAAAGAAUGCUCUCAGCUGCACGCUAAUUUUCCCUAGCACACAAACUAAUGGGUCCAUUUUCUUUGGAAUGGCUUUUAAAAAAAUACGAAGAAGGAAAUUGUAUGGUUUAUUUUAGGGUUGAGUGUGCUUCUACAAAACCCGGGUUCGAAGGCCAGAGGAUAAGAAAUUGCUUGCCUGCAUCCUCAAAAUGGGACGUGGGUGGCGCUGUGGGUUAAACCACAGAGCCUAGGACUUGCCGAUCAGAAGGUCAGCUGUUCAAAUCCCCGCAACGGGGUGACCCAUUGCUCUGUCCCUGCUCCUGCCCACCUAGCAGUUCGAAAGCAUGUCAAAGUGCAAGUAGAUAAAUAGGUACCGCUCCGGCGGGAAGGUAAACGGCGUUUCCAUGCGCUGCUCUGGUUCGCCACAAGCGGCUUAGUCGCCACAAUACCCGGAAAAACUGUCUGCGGACAAAUGUCGGCAGAUGAGCGCCGCAACCCCAGAGUCGGUCACGACUGGACCUAAUGGUCAGGGGUCCCUUUACCUUUAUCCUCAAAAUAUCAUCCUGUUCAAAAAGGUGUGGAGAGUGUGGGUGGGAAGAAGGCAAUUAAAAGGGAAAAGAAGUUUCCUUCUGGUGGGCAUGAUCUGGAGCUUAAUAAUAAUAAUAAUAAUAAUACAGCAAUAUUGUGGGAUAGUUUAGUCGGUAGAGCAUGAGAAUCUCAUGGUCAUGGAUCCGAGCCCCACGUUGGGCAAAAGUAUUCUUGCAUUGCAGGGGGUUGGACUAGAUGACCCUCGUGGUCCCUUCCAACUCCACAAUUUCAUGAUUGUAUGAUUCUACCUUGAUUUUCUGUUUCGAAGUCUUUCUCCUAUGUGGCAACCCCCCCCCACUUUGUUGCUGAGUCAUAAAUCACACCUUGCGCACGUCUGAGGCUACCGUAGGUCCAUCGUCUGUGGCGAGCCUUUUGUAAUGAGAAUCCAAUUGCAAUUUUUCCUUCCUUUUUUUGAUUUAUGGUUUCGCCGCAAGCAGAUGGGGAGUGGGGGGGGGGAGGGAUGGAGUGAGGGAAAGGGCCUUAUUCCCGUUUAAUUAUUCCGAGUGGAUUUUUGGCAAGCAGGUCCCUCUUUGCCGUGUUUAGAUUGUUUUGAGAAACCAGCUUCCAGGAAGAGAGCUCAUGUUUGCACAUUUUUUAAAAAUCGGCUGGUGUGUACAUGGAGAUAAUGCAUACUCAUGCGCCCACCCCCACCCCACCCCCGCUCCCCAAGCUAUCUGCUUUAAUUUCACUGUUGCUGUAAAGUCCGGGAGCUAACAAAACAACAACCUACUAGAUUUGGCUCCGCUGCAAAAUCUGCGAAAUGUUUGCAUGUUGGCAACCUGGCAUUCGUCUGGAUUGAUGCUACCAGCGUCCAUGGAGGGGUGAGUGGGUGGGAAUCUGCAUUUAGGCUCCCCCUCCCAUCCAGCCCACACCAGCGAAAGCCGAAAUUUUUGAUGCACCAAUUCUUCAAACCAGAGGGCACCGUCCAUCGUGUGGCGAUGCAAAUCAGGACCGUUUCUAACCGUAGAAUUCCCCUGCCCCCAGAAAUACGCCUGCCUGUUCUGUAACGAUGGUUGCAUGCACUCCAGCUUGUGGGCAGCGAGAGACUGUGGAACUCUCUCCCACAAGAGGCUGUGACGGCUUCUUCCCCUUGGAUGGCUUUAAAUGAAGAUGGGACAAAUUCAAGGAGGAUAGGGAAGGCUAUCAAUGGCUCCUAGCUGUGAUGGCUCUGCUCUGCCUCUGCAGUUGGAGGCAGCCAUGCUUCUGAAGGCCAGUUGCUGGAAACCACAGGAGGGGAGAGGGAUCUUGGGCUCAGAACGUGGUUUUCCCACAGGCAUCUGGUUAGCCAAUGUCAGAAGGGCACGCUGGUCUAAAUGGGUCAUUGGUGUUGUAAACAAAAUUUGCCCUUGUUCCCUUAUGGGGUGUCCAAGAGCUCGUAUAGAGUCCUUACGUAGGUUCCCUAUUGGUUGUUGUUGUUUAGUCGUUUAGUCGUGUCCGACUCUUUGUGACCCCUUGGACCAGAGCACGCCAGGCACUCCUGUCUUCCACAGCCUCCCGCAGUUUGGUCAGACUCAUGUUUGUAGCUUCAAGAACACUAUCCAACCAUCUCGUCCUCUGCCGUCCCCUUCUCCUUGUGCCCUCCAUCUUUCCCAGCAUCAGGGUCUUUUCCGGGGAGUCUUCUCUUCUCAUGAGGUGGCCAAAGUAUUGGAGCCUCAGCUUCAGGAUCUGUCCUUCCAGUGAGCACUCAGGGCUGAUUUCCUUCAGAUAGGUUUGAUCAGUCCAUGGGACUCUCAAGAGUCUCCUCCAGCACCAUAAUUCAAAAGCAUCAAUUCUUCGGCGAUCAGCCUACUUUAUGGUCCAGCUCUAGGAGAAAAUAACAGAGGCCAACCAGAGAAUAUUGAGAAGCAAAGCAGCUGGUAAGCCUGAUCUUUAUUGAUCUGUUGCAACGGGGUGCUCCCCUCACACGCAGGAAAGGAGGAGGACCCAGAACAAAGGUGUGCCUGCCCUUAUAUAGACAUUUGAAAUUGCCCGCCCUGGAGUCCAAGACCACCCCCAGACACAUCAUACCUACAUCACAGAAAGGGCGGUCUACAGCAGAAAUCUGAGUGUGUUGUUUAUCUCCUGUUGUUGUUCAUCUCCUGUCUGGCAGAUUACCUGUUAAUGCUUACUUGAUUGGAUACCCUGGGGAGCCUGGCCAGUCUUUUGUAAUGAUAAAUACUUAGUUCCUGAGCCAGGUCACAGGCUCACACCCUAUUCAUAUCUUAAAUGUGCCAUUAAGACAGGAUUUGUGAAGGAAAAGACAAUGGGGAGGCUUUUCCAUUUUCUUUUGACCUUGCAGAGAAAACAUUUGGUCAGUUUGGGAAUCAAAAAUGGUUUCAGGUCGGUCUUCCUGUGCUGAUCUAUGUACGUGACUGCCUUCAUUUGCAUUGCUCUCAACUGAGAAUGAGGGGUAGUCCCCGAUAAAUGAAAAAUAAAUUUGAAGAUGUAAUCUGUGAUCUUGUUAACAAAAGCAGCCGCCAAGUUAAUGUUUAGUUUACUUAAGACUUACUAUAUACCUUGUUUCUUGAGUAAAGUCUGCUAAGUUAAACAAGAAUUUGCCGGAAUUGAAUGGUGGUCUUUUUGUAGGUGCCAAACUUUUUUUUUUGUCGGCCCUUGGGAGUUUUGUAAGCUCUAAACACUGUACUUAUUUUCCCCUGAUGGAUAUCCCAGCCCAGGACACGUCCAAAUGUUUAGGUUGCAUGAACUUUGGGGUGGUGAUGGAUUCAGGGUUGUUUGGAUACCGGAAUUCUAACCGGACAGCAGAUCCUUGCCUUCAAAUCUAAUGAUGAUUCUGUAUUUCUGGGAUCUUUUUUUAAAAAGUACACUUUGUGAGAAAAUGUUCUCUGAAAAACAACAACACAACAACACGAAGAGGCCUCCCAUCCCUGGGAUUUCCAUUUCUGACCUUUUGCUCUUUCUGCUGACCAGUUGGGCCAUUUCCAAAGUGGAUCCUGUUUUAAAACACAAAGCCCCACCCUUCUUAAUGGGGUGGGAAGCAGCCCUGGGAAUUGUUCCUAAAAGGAAAUUCCAAUUUAAAAAAAUGGAGCAGUGACAAGCUAAUAGGAUGUCGGCAAACUUCGGAAGCCCUUUGGACAACAGGGAGAGAGGGGCAUAAGAUCUUAAGAGCCUGUGAGAAAUCUACGCGCAGGAUCCGAGCACAAGAGCACUCGCUCUUCCUGAAGUUUCCAGGAAGUGAUAUUAGGAAGCACUGUUGCCUCCAACUGUGGAGGCAAAGGAAGAGUCAUCAUGCCUAGCUGACAGCCCUCUUCACAAGGAAUUUUUCCCUUCCGCUUCGAAAGCUAGGCAGGUUGGUGGCCAUCACUGUUUGGAGAGAGCUUGAUUUAAAAGAUGCAUAGUGAGUGCUUAGGACAACGUGGUAGCUCAGCAGAGUGCUCUUGUAUGCAUAUUUUUUAAAUUGGUUAUUAGGAAGUUUUAUUGAUGCAGUUUUAAAGCUGUGGAUUUCAGUGCCUUGUUAAGUGUUGUUUUAAUGAGAUUGCCGUGAGUUAUGCUGUCUAUGCUGUCGCUGGCAGCUUUGAGGAGGGAGAAAGUGGAUAAGAGAGAAGUUUUCUCUCUCUCUCUUUCUCUCUUGUAGCACUGGAAUUUGUGGGAAGGGGGAUGUGGGAAGGUUCAGGACUGGUUAGAAGAAAGGGCUUCUUCACUCAGCGCCUGGUUAAACUGUGGAACUCCCUCCCACAGGAGGCAAAGAUGGCGGCCAACUAGGUUGGCUUUAAAAGAGGAUUGGACAAAUACAUGGAGGAGCAUAGGAAGAGCUUGGUGGAUCAGGCCCGUGGCCCAUCUAGUCCAGCAUCCUGUUCUCACUGUGCUGACUCAAAUGCCUGUGGGGAAACCUGGAAGCCAGAUUCAAGCACAAGAUCAUUGUCUCCUGUGCUUUCCAGCCACUGGUAUUCAGAAGCAUGAUUGCCUAAUGACGGAAUAUCUAGGCGCCUUCCCCCCCCCCAGUGGUAUUUAUUAUUAUUAUUUAUUAUUAUAAUUAUUCAUUUCAUUUCUGUACCGCUUGAUAUUUUAAAGAAAAAAUCUCAAAGUGGUUUGCAACGCAUUAAAACAUCAAAUAAUACAGAAUGAAGCAAAUUCAAACUUCAAGGAAAAUAUUUCAGAUCCUUCUCCAAGUGACAUUUUGCUUCCCCCUUAUUUAUCUACCUGCUUGAGUUAUAGAGCUGCUCCAUAGCAGACGUACUCUAGGAAGCCAGUGUGGUGUAGUGGUGAGAGUGUCAGUCUAGGACCUGGGAGAUCAAGGUUCAAAUCCCCACUCAAGUCAGGAAGCUCACUGGGUGACCUUGGAGUCAGUCACAGCCUCUUGACCUCCCUCACAGGGUCGUUGUCAGGAUUAAGAGAGGAGGGGAGCGAGCCAUGUGCUUCCUGGAGAAAAAGGUGGGAUAUAAAUGCAAAAAAUGAGGUCUUCCGCUUGCCUGCUUAAGAGAGCUGGAGAGGCCAGCCAGAUGGCAUUCAGAGAUCUCCACAUGGUCGCACGUGGACCUGCACUAGUAGCAAAAUGCGCCUGGCGCCUGGCUAAUUUCUAACACUGAGGAGAAGGGUAUUGGUGGCUGCUAGCCAGGAUGACUAUGCUCAGCCUUCAUGGUCGGAGGCAGUAAUGCUUCUGAAUACCAUUUGUAGGAAAACCACAAGAGGGGAAAGGGCUCUUGGGUCCUGCUUGAGCAUCUAGUUUGCCCCUGUGAGAACAGGGAUGCUGGAGUAGAUGGGCCACUGGCUUGAUCCCGCAGGUUCUUCUUAUGUUCCUAACUUUGGAUUGGAAGCAGAGGAGAUGCAUAUAUUACCGAAAGAUAUCGGGGAGCAGCUUUCUUUGCAAUCGGGAAUAAUUAGCUGGGCCAGCCUGAUCUCUUUCGACUGAGCUGUGCACGAGGCGGCCUUGACCGCUGAGACUGUGGCAGGCCUAGUCAGCGCAAAUUAGCAUUUUGAUGGCUCUCUUUGCAUCGCGCUCAGGCGUUCUGCCUGGGAGAGCACCCAGCUUUGAUUAGCAGGGCUAAGAUAAACCCUUUAUAGAACUAAAUGCGGUAACGGCUAAUCUCGGCAGAGUCACCUGGGUCCUGCGAGACGUAAAGAAGCUUUGCUGCUUUUGAUUGUUAACAUCCACUGGGCAAAACACACACACACACACACAAUGUGAACACUUGCUGCUAAUAAACAUCAUUUUUGCAGAUGGUUGUCGGCGAAAUGACCUUUUUUGAGAUCAUGCAGCCAAUCAGAAACUGAUCUUGGCUAUUUCUCCCCCACUCCCAUUAGAGUUAGGCAAUGUGGUGACCUGGGGUUGACAUUGGACCUCUAACUUCCAGCAGCCCAAUCCAGCAAGGCCAGAGAUCAUGUGAGUUUAGCAACAGGGCACCACUUUGGCUAAGCGCUGGACUAUAAAGCCUGUGCGUCAGGUGACUCCUUAAAGGUAAAGGUAAAGGGACCCCUGACCAUUAGGUCCAGUCGUGACCGACUCUGGGGUUGCGGCGCUCAUCUCGCUUUAUUGGCCGAGGGAGCUGGCAUACAGCUUCCGGGUCAUGUGGCCAGCAUGACUAAGCCGCUUCUGGAGAACCAGAGCUGCACAUGGAAACGCCGUUUACCUUCCCGCUGGAGCGGUACCUAUUUAUCUACUUGCACUUUGACGUGCUUUUGAACUGCUAGGUUGGCAGGAGUAGGGCCCGAGCAACGGGAGCUCACCCCUUCGCGGGGAUUCGAACCGCCGACCUUCUGAUCGGCAAGCCCAAGGCUCAGUGGUUUAACCCACAGCGCCACCCGCGUCCCAGGUGACUCCUUACACACUACCAAACAAGAGGACAGAGAUCUGCAUAAAAGUGGCUUCAGUGCUUCUUCAUCUUUAAACUAGACUUGGUCAGAAUAGCCCUUCAAAUAGAGGGUGCCUUCAAAUUAGGCAUCCCCAAACUUGGCCCUCCAGCUGUUUUGGGACUACAAUUCCCAUCAUCCUUGACCACUGGUCCUGUUAGCUAGGGAUGAUGGGAGUUGUAGUCCCAAAACAGCUGGAGGGCCGAGUUUGGGGAUGCCUGCUCCAAAUAGAGAACAGUCCCCUGUCAAGUAAAACAAAUGGCCACCCAAAGCUGAUGGAAAAGGGGCUCUUGUACCUUUAAUAGUUACUUGGAAGAGAGGUGUUAACUAAAGGUGCAAAGAGCCCCUCUUCUCUUUUUCAUCUGGCUGCACUCCCUUUUAGGCUCCAUUCUGCUCCAUGGUUAUCCCAGAUUUUCUGGGACUGGUCUUUAAAAUCUGUGUGUAUUCAAUACGUUAUUGUACAGAUACUUUCAACUCUGCUUUUAUAAUACAGUAAUGCAAAUUUGGCCUCAUGUGAAAGGCCGAAGAUGCUCCCCAGCCCGGAUUUCCCAGUAUGCCUUCAGAGAACUAAAAGUUAAAUUUGCAGGAUUUAAGUAACACAACUUAGCAAAUACAGUGUGGGAGGCACUGCAGAUAUUUCUUUCCAAAAUGAAGAUAUUUUUGGCCCUCCUAUCCCUCCCCCUAUUCCGAAGCCUUUUGCAGAAAGUGAUUUAUUUGCAAGAGGAAUUUGUUCUUUGUGCUUCUAGAUGAUUAGAACAUUUUCAAGAGACAAUAAUUGUUUAUAGAGCUGGAGGAAUAAAGAGCUCUGGCUGAAGCUUGCGGAAUUGAAACAGUUUGAGGGGGUUGCAAACAAAGGGCGGCUGGGUGGGUAGUAGGAGUUCCCUUGGCAUUAAGAGGAGGGUGAGCAAGGCGGCAAGGACACCCAGGAGAAAAAGCUCCCAUCUGUUUGCAUGUAGCCUAGAUGCAGAAAGAUGCACUGCGGAUUCUGGUGGAAGAAUCUACAAUCUAAUCCAGGUCUUCAGCAUGUGGGGCAAAGCUGUCAUCGCCCCAGAAGAUAUUCCUGGGCACUAAAUUGCCCACCCAUGUAUGUGAGUGUGCUGAUUUGCUCAGCACCAUCCGCUGGCAUCCCUGCACCUGGGAAUCUGAGCCUCAGGAUGGGUAGUAACAUCUCUUUAUUAUUUAUAUCCCGCCCAUCUGGCUGGGUUACCCCAGCCACUCUGGGCAGCUUCCAACACAUAUAAAAAAACCAUAAUAAAACGUCAAACGUUUUUUAAAAUCUUCCAAGCACUCAACACCAAAGGCAGAUAUGUGGUGGUAGACAUUGUGGAACGGGGGUGGCGAACCCCGGCUCUCCUCUAGCUGUUGCUUGGCUCCCAUCUGUGGGAUAUUAGCAUCCAAAAUGCAUAUGUAAGGGCUGUAGAAGGGCUGUGGUGCCAUGCCCUCUGUGGUUCAGUUCUUAACCAACUUGUGAGUCAAAAUGAGAGCAGCAGGUGUGUUGCAUUGUGCUGCUGUCUGCCUCAGAGUAAGAGCACCAAGGUCUGCCUGUAAAUGUUAGGUCGUCUGUCACAGUUUAAUCUAGGUACACUGUUAUGUACUGAGGUUCUCACCCUGGGCCAGCAGGGGGAUACUGUAGAUAGUUUUCACUCAGGUCCACAUAUGCAAAUGAGGGAUUGAAAGUGAUGUUCAGUGAUUGGAUAGUUACAGAAAGUUGUUACUGUUGCGUUGUAGUGGAGCUCUAUAUAAGCAGGCUGGCUGAACCCUUCAGUUCAGUUCAGUUCUGGCCUGUGAAUAAACAAGAGCUGUCUGAAGAAUCGCUGUAUCGUCUGAUAUGUUCACCCACAACUUAACAUAUACAACGUGCGUUGUGUAUAUGUUCAGUCCGCAACUGCAAGUACACUAAGCAAUUUGUUCCUUAAACUUUAAACGAGAGCGACUUGCAUAGUUUUUAUAGGAGGGAAAGAUAACGGGAGGGUCAAACGACCCAGGGCUGUCUUCUGCAUACUUCCACCAAAUGGGAACUAAAGUCUAAUUCCCACAGCAUCAGGCCCCACUAGCCUGGCCAGUGGCUAGGGAUAAUGGAAGGGGACGGAGAGCAGCCUGAAUGUGGCCCUUCAAUCCUCUUUAUUAGGCCCUCAGAAUCCUCCCCAGGUCACACACAUCAGUGGCCUUGCUUCAUACGCCAAAUAUUUUUCCCUGGCUGGACUGUGUCCUUGAGCUCUGAUAAUGCCUCUUCAUUGUCUGGGUUAGAAAGGUAUAAUUGACUGUGUGUGUUUGUGUGUCUGUCUGUACAGAAAGUAGCCUACUACAUACAUGUAAAAUCUGAAUUUAUUGCUCUGCUGGCUUUUGCCUCCGACUGCUCCCACUGCCGGCUGCCCAGAAGAGAAUGUAUCCUUCUUUUUCGCCAUCCUUGUUCUUCCAGGUCCCAGUUGGCAACCUGGCCCGCUCCCUUCUGAACCACAUAAUAAUAAUAAUAAUAAUAAUAAUAAUAAUUUAUUAUUUAUACCCCGCCCAUCUGGCUGGGUUUCCCCAGCCACUCUGGGUGGCUCCCAAUCAAAUGUUAAAAACAGUGCAGCAUUAAAUAUUAAAAAAUUCCCUGAACAGGGCUGCCUUCAGAUGUCUUUUAAAGAUAGGAUAGCUGCUUAUUUCCUUCACAUCUGAAGGGAGGGUGUUCCACAGGGUGGGCGCCACUACCGAGAAGGCCCUCUGUCUGGUUCCCUGUAACCUCACUUUAAAGUUUGCGAAGCAUCCUCCAGACACGCAUUUGGCCUUUUGCCAUCUUCUCCCACCCUUUUUCCUGGCGCUCUCAGAAUGAACAGGAUUUGACAGGUUGCAUCCUCUCCCCUUGGAAACUGCACCGCAUGUCUCCCGGGAGCUUGGCCUCUCUGGUUUCCCACAUUUUCCCCAUAGUGUUCUUCAAGUUUGAAGUGCAGAAGAUGUAAUCUUGCAAAGGGACUUUGAAUUCCCUAAUGCAAGAGCAGCAGACAGUGGAGGCUGGCACCAAAAGAGAGUAUAUUGUGUUGGAGACUAAUUGGAUGUGGUUUUCGAGGUGUGUCCUGCAUCGGAGGAAGGGAUGUGCGAUGUCUAAAGCGUCUUGCCAACUUGAUCCUUCUGACUGUAGGGAAAGUUUAAUUCCAGCAAUAGAUGUAAUGUGGUCUAGUGGUUGGAAUGUCAGGAUAAGAUUGUGGUUGUCUAGGGACAAAUCGGAUUUGUUUCAUGUUUAAAAGUGAAUCCACCUAAUCUGCAGUUUCCAAACCAAUAAGUGAAUCCAAACACAUCCAUCCUUUGAAAUUUGCAUUUCUUCAAAUUUUGCAGUGGAGUUCUCCAACCAGGGAUUGUACACAAAAAUGCAUAUACUGUAUUAGCAAAAAAUAACAUGCAAAUUGAGUUAUAUUAGGGGAAAUUGUUUAGCCAUCAUGGCUAGUAGCCAUCAGUAGAAUGCCCUCCAACAUUUCUCCGAUGAAAAUAGGGACUUCCUUUUCAAUAAUAAUAAUAAUAAUAAUAAUAAUAAUAAUAAUGUUAUUAUUUAUACCACACCCGUCUGACUGGAUUGCCCCAGCCACUCUGUGCUGCUUCCAACAUAUAUAAAAACAUAAUACAACAUUAAUCAUUUUUAAAACUUCCCUAUACAGGGCUGCCUUCAGACGUCUUCUGAAGGUUGUAUAGUUACUUUCCUCCUUGGCUCGUGGGUCGCAUAACUCCAUACCCUCCAGCAUUUCUCCGAUGAAAAUAGGGACGUCCUAAGGAAAAGCGGGACAUUCUGGGAUCAAAUCAGAAACAGGGGCUGCUUCUGUAAAUCCGGGAUUGUCUGGGAAAUAGGGACACUUGGAGGGUUAGGGCUUUUAAUUACCUAUGGAGGGUCUGCAAUAGCCUUCUCUGUGUAUUUGUCCUCUCCAAGUUUGUAACCGUCCCUGCCUUCUAUCGGAAUAGGUAAAGGUAAAGGGACCCCUGACCAUGAGGUCCAGUCGUGACCGACUCUGGGGUUGCGGCGCUCAUCUCGCUUUAUUGGCUGAGGCAGCCGGCGUACAGCUUCCAGGUCAUGUGGCCAGCAUGACUAAGCUGCUUCUGGCGAACCAGAGCAGCGCACGGAAAUGCCGUUUACCUUCCCACCAGAGUGGUACCUAUUUAUCUACUUGCACUUUGACGUGCUUUUGAACUGCUAGGUUGGCAGGAGCAGGGACCGAGCAAUGGGAGCUCACCCCGUCGCGGGGAUUUAACCCACAGCGCCACCCACUAUCGGAAUAAGUGCCAUAUGAAAUAUGCACUACGUGAAGAUGUACUUUCUUUUAUCUGCCCUGAAUCUUCCAACUAUCAUUGGAGUUCCACAAGUUCUGGUGCUACGAGAGAGAGAAAAAAACUUUUCUCCAUCCACUGUCUCCAUUCCAUGCUAUUGUUAUAAACUUCUGUCAUAUUGCCUCUUACUUGCCUUUUCUCAGAACUGAAAAGUCGCAGAUGCUGCAGCCUUACUUAUGCUGACCAUGAGGUUUAGAUUGCUUCCCCAAUGAGCAGGUGACUGUAAUACGUCUGUCUCCUUCCACUGUCAUCUCUUGCCUCUCACCCUUGAAUUAUUUUGUGGUUGGGGGGAUUAAGGGAGAGAGAGAGAGAGAGAGAGAGAGAGAGAGAGAGAUAACUGUGCCGGUCAGGACAGCUUGCGUCUGUUGUGUAACUGAAAUGAACAUGGCGGAGAAAAUGUUAAAUAUGCAAAAUUUGCUGGUGGGGAGCAGAUGUUUUGCUGCUUGCUCCGUAGGCCUAAUUUGUGUUGCUUUGACAAGCUGACUGCGCACCUGAAGGAAAAACCCCCUCCGUUUGCCCAGGGAGGGGCUGAUGGGCUCCAGAUGGAGCCGAAUAAUUUCUGCACAUCGUUAAUGUAAAACGCAGUUAAUAGGGCCUGGUGUUUGUUUUUGUGUUUGCCUCCUACUUGCUAUGAGGGGCUACACAGAAAGCUGCAAAUAGUUACAAAUCCUUUCUGGAAACCUUGAUUUAGUCAAUUCUUUUUUCAAAAAUGUAAUUGCAUCAGGCAUUUAUAACUGUGCCUGAUCCAGCAGAACUCUUCGUGGUUUUUAAUCCUCUAUCCUUUUCUUUGUACAAAAUGGCAAACCCCUCAACUGUCCCAGGAAAACUGGGACAUUCCCCCCCUUUUUUUAAUUUGCGUGAGAGCACGGCAGCCAUUUUGGGUACCAUAAUCUUGCACCGUAGUCUCGCCCUGGAAAAACCGCUUUUGGGGGAAGCGACAGUGUUUUGUUAUUUAUUUAUUUCUAUUACCCACCCUUCACCCUAAUAUACACCUUAAGUGUUGGAAGCCAGGGUAAAGAGGUGCGUCUUCAGCAUCUUCUGAAAUCUGUAUAAUGAAGGUACCCAAUGCACUUCUCUGGGGAGGUUGGGCCACAGUUUAGGGGCCACCACAGAGAAGGCCCUCUCCUGGGCUGCCACCCCUGCAAGACUCUGAGCUACCAAGAAGGCCCCCUCUACCAAUCUCAGCACCCAACAGAGUCUCUAGGGAAGGAGGCUGGCUUUCAAUUAUUGGGGGCCGAAGUCUUUUAGGGCUUUAAACACCUGCGUGAAGGCCCAGAAACGAAUUGGCAGCCAGUCCGGCUGCUUUGAAACGGGAUUUAUGUGAGAUCUAAACAGAACCCCAGGCAGUAAUCUGGCUGCUGCAUUUUGGACCAGUUGGUUUUCCUCAGUCUUAUUCAAGGGCAGCCUCACAUAGCAAUAUCCCUGUCUGGAAAUUCCCAGAGCAUGGAGUAUACCAUACCCCGCAAGUGUCCCAUUUUAAGCAGGACACCCUGGAUCAAAGAAGCCAAUCCCAGGCUCUGUUUGGAUCCCAGAAGGUCCCAUUUUUUUUGGUCUGGCACUCUGGCGUGAGCCAUCACACCAAACCGCCAAACCACAAGGCACUCUGGUGUGUGACCUUGCUGACAAGCGCCGGACCUGAAGGCGCCGCACCCUUCCUGACACUCCAAUUUUGGGGACGAAAAUGUCGGGAGGUUUUGUCCAAAAGGUACUCUACCCAUGCGUUAUUGCCAUGGCCUACAAGACGCCUAGCGUGGUGGGGCCUCUGCUAACAAAAUCCCUCUUCCUAUCGGAUGCCUUUAGCUUCCUUCGGAUCAUUCCCUCUGGCACAAAGCCAUUACAUUUCCCCCAAAACCUCUUCUGUCUUCCUGUGUCACUCAUCUUCUUCUCUUUUUAUAUCCUCCCCAAGAAUGAAUGUAAGCAAUCUGUUGCCAUAGCAAUGACAACUCCGCCAUCACCCGGGAGUCCGUAAGUACUUCAAGCGCCUGGCUUCUGUCAGCAGCAAGCACUGUCAACUUUCUUGCAUUGUCGCCCCUCUCUCUCUCUCUCUCUCUCUCUCUCUCUCUCUCUCUCUCUCUGCCCUCCAAUUUCUUCCCACUCCUGGUGGGUUUUUAGAACCAUUAAUAACCUGAGGGAGAAUCAUAUUAUCGUUCCUCCAGAAGCACCUGGGGGGGCCUGCAAAAUCCCUGGCUAGCUGCAGUGCAGAAGUGGGAAGAAAUUAAAUUCGGUUCGCAUAUCAUCGUGAAGCCGCCUUGUUCGCAUUUUCAUGGGAGAAGGAAACAACAAACUGAACCACAGCCAUCUUUAGAAAUUCGCUGUCCUGAAAGGAACUGGCAAUAUUGGUGGAAGGGCCAGAUUCUGGAGGGGUAGACCUUUGAACACUGAUUUAUUUUAUUCGUCUCGUAAAAGUUAUUCGCUCUGCUUGAUUGUCAGAAAAAGCCCUCAGAGCGCUUUACAAAGAGGAUAAAACCAAGGUAUUCGAAAGUCUGGGAGACAGCUAUUUUAGAAAAAAAUUACUUGAAAAUUGUCCAAGGUCAAAGUAAAAAAGGCACAUUCUCUUUGGUAUUCUCUUUAUGUAUAUAAAGGAUGCAACAGAUGGAUCUGUUGCCAUUCCAGCAUCUAAAUGGAUCUGGCUGGGGCAAUAAACUGAAGUGCUAGUAUCAUGUUUGAGUUUUUUUCUCAGUUUUUCCUUCUUUAGUUUUCUGAAACUUGACCUCUGCCUGCAAAUCCUAUUUUCUGGAUAGCAGAGAUAUUACUGGUGCUCAGUUUUUGGUUUUUCUGCUUGCUGAUUGCUUUAAUGCAGUGCUGGCCAAACUUGGGCCUCCAGCUGUUGGUGGACUACAACUCCCAUCAUCCCUAGCUGGCAGGGCCAGUGGUCAGGGAUGAUGGGAAUUGUAGUCCCAAAACAGCUGGAGGGCCAAGUUUGGCCAACACUGCUUUAAUGUUUUGCUGUUUCUCUCUUUUGGAAGUUUACUAGUAUUGUAGAGACCAUGCUCCCUGACUUGAUUGUACUGGCUCUUGGACUGCUGUUUCUCUCUCUGUAUGUAUGUACUAUAAAAACAACAAAUCACACUCCUCUGAAUUUACAGUUCAGUAACUUACACCAAAAUGCAUAUAUUAAGAUGAGAUGUGCAUGGAAAUGCAUUACUAUACUACUACAAAAAUAGCAGAAAAUCAUCCAGUACGUUAAGAAAAAUUGCAGAAGUGUUUAUUACGCUAAAUCCUCAGUAAAAUGCUGACGAAUCAUCACAAGGAUUUAAUGAUAAUAAUAAUCCACAAGCUGGUGUGGAAAUGUGGAGAACUGAAUGUAUGAAUGGAAAAAAGAGAAACUGAUAGAAAUCAGAAUUGUCACAUACUCCCAUCCCUGGGGCACAGGUAAUGGUGCAAGACAAAUCAAGGAUUCUCUGUGUUCUGACUUCGCUAUUUAUAAGCAACUAUGAGCACACAACUUAUAAGCAACUAAGUUACCCAUGAGCACACCCACACACACCAGCACUUUAAUAAGCGCUGGCUGGAAUUAUUAUUAUUAUUAAUUUAUUGAUUGCCUUUUGCAUCUAUGUCUAUGUACAAACAUAUGUUGGCAAACUCUUUAUGGUUCCCAUAAACGUGAGAUAGGCAGGGUAUAAAUAAUAAAAUAAUAAUAAUAAUAAUAAUAAUAAUAAUAAUAAUUUGAUAGGUAAAGGUAAAGGGACCCCUGACCAUUAGGUCCAGUUGUGGCCGACUCUGGGGUUGUGGCGCUCAUCUCACUUUAUUGGCCAAGGGAGCCGGCAUACAGCUUCUGGGUCAUGUGGCCAGCAUGACUAAGCCGCUUCUGGCGAACCACAGCAGUGCACGUAAAUGCCGUUUACCUUCCCGCCGGAGUGGUGCCUAUUUAUCUACUUGCACUUUGACAUGCUUUUGAACUGCUAGGUUGGCAGGAGCAGGGACCGAGCAACGGGAGCUCAUCCCGUCGCGGGGAUUCGAACCGCCGACCUUCUGAUCAGCAAGUCCUAGGCUCUGUGGUUUAACCCACAGCGCCACCCGCGUCCCUCUAUUAUUAUUAGAUAGCAGUAUAUAAAUACUGGAAACUCCCAACUGACAAACAUCCAGUUGAUACCCGCAUAGUGCCUAAAUCAGAAGUGACCUAAAAACUUCAUUCAAAGGACAAAAUGAAGCCAAAAGCUUUACAUGAGCCCCAGCAAAACGAGAAUUGCCUUUACUUCUAUAAACAAACAAACUGCAGGUAGCUGAAUUAAUUUUGCCUCCUAACUUUCCAUCAGCUCUCGCCUUAUCCCAGUGGCUUCUGGGCACAGGGUUGUGAACAGCAGCUAUUGUGCUAUUUUCAUGAGGACUAGUGUCACUUCAGAUCUCGGGCUUAACUAGUGGCAGAGAGUGUUGUGGUUGGGUGUCUUGUGAGUCAGACCUCUUGGCCCCACGAGGUUAACAUUGCAGCUUUCAUUUUUCCUGAACAUAUUUUGUUAUUUUAAAUUAGCCUCCCGACCGCCUUUCCCCCCCUCCUUGGGUAAUUUUUGUCUGAUUGUUGCUUAUAUGUGCAAUUAGGGUAAUUGUGUCUGAUUAUGCAAAUGUGUGUCAUUGUGUAAUUAGAAGCUGGAAGAUAAAGUAUAAUACAUCCAUGGGCUCCCUUUCCUUUCUUCCUGUCUCCUUCCCCUCCCCCAUUGUUUUGAACUUCCCGAACUGGCUAUAAUAAUGCAGAAAGCAAGUGAUUAUUGUGAUCGCUCUUGACUUUGGGAUGAAAUUGUUCUUUCGGAGCCCUGGAGUGCUUCAGAACAGAUUUUUAAAUGCAAACCUUGCUGUAUGGCUAGAGUAGGCUGGUCUGCUUCAGCUAUUCAACCACCACUAAUGUGGGCCGUAGAAAUGAUAGAGAAAGCAGGACCUUGCACAACAGGUCCUGAUCCAGCGACAGUUGUGCCCCAGGAAGUAGCAUGAAAGAAUGAGAGCGACCAGAGCUACAGUCCUUAUCCCCUGUUGAAUUCAAUAGCACUUACCGUAUUUUUCGCUCCAUAAGACACACUUUUUUCCUCCUAGAAAGUAAGGGGAAAUGUCUUUGCGUCUUAUGCAGCAAAUGCAUGGUCCCUGGAGCCGAAUUGCCCAGGAGUGAAAAGCAGAUCAUGCUUUUUUUUAAAGAAAGAGGGAAGGCGGUGUUGAAACGAAGCUGCUGAGCAGCUGAUCGGCAAGCAAUCAGGAGGGAGAUAAGGGACGCUAGCGAUAAAGGAGGCUGCCUGGGAGCGGGGAGGUAAAAGCACAUGGAUCCUCAGGAUUUUUGCAUUGGGUCACCCCAAAUUCACCAUCAGAUCACAUAGCAUGUCCAUGGCUACAGCCUGCACCAAAAAAAAUCAUGCAUCCACUGUUUUGUGGGGCUACAAUGCCGCAAAAACGUUGUUACAAAGCACGGAUUCACAUGGAUUCUCAGGAUUUUUGCAUUGGGCUACCCCAAACUCACCGUCAAAUCACAUAUCAUGUCUGUGGCCACAGCAUGAACCACAAAAAUCAUACAUCCACUGUUUCGUUCAAAAUAUAUUUUUUUUCUUGUUUUCCUCCUCUAAAAACUAGGUGCAUCUUAUGGUCAGGUGCGUCUUAUGGAGCGAAAAAUACGGUAGAUAGACAUCUGUCAGGGAUUCUUUAGCUGUGAUUCCUGCAAUGCAGGAGGGGAGAGGGCUCUUGUGCUUGAAUCCUGCUUGUAGGUUUCCCAAAGGCUUUUCUCAUGUGCGUACUGACGGAACUCAAAAAGAUGAAUGGCUACCAUUAAAAAACAGCAACUAUUUUUCUCUCUCCCAUCGUAGGUCAGGGCAAGGGGUUUAGCUAUAUCACUGAGAGAUUUCUGACGAGAGAAACAAAUUCCUUGAUGUCCUGGGAAGAUGGCAAUGGUAUUCCUUUUAUGGCGCCUCCUCUCUUCCUGCUAUGAUGCCUUUCGGAUCAGUACUCCUUUGAUCUGCCCCUAAGCUUGCCAUAAAUAAUGCAAGGGAGAGGGAUUCAACCCAGUGAGAGGAAAUGCCGGCCAGCAGAGCCUAGAUAAGGUUGCCACAUAACGUUACUCCUCCUGCUACGCCCCUGCAAUCAAAGCCAAGAUCUCCAUUUUGCAUGCCUUUCCCAGAGACCUGAGAGGAAGCAAAUACGUCACAAGAUGCACCCGGCUUUUUUUUAGCCUGAGGUGAACCAUGGUUUUGGUGCCAGUGAUCCAUCCUCAAUCAAAUUAGGUUGGCUUUGUGGAUUUCUUCAAUAACUGCACUGUUGUGAUGUUUAGGUGGAGUCCCCAGGCUUAUAUAGAGGCAUUCACUCGCCUUAACUCUACGCUUGCAUAAAAGUAGAGUCACGUUCUCAGAGGAAAAGCAUGCCUGCACUAUCUGAGCUGGAUACCUGAUUUAGCAAGAAGAACAGGGUGCCAACUCUCUAUCUCUCUAUUCCCUGUUUAGGGAAGCUUUUAAUGUUUGAUGCAUUACUGUAUUUUAAAAUAUUUUGUUGGAAGCCGCCCAGAGUGAGGAAGCCCAGCUAGAUGGGCGGGGUAUUAAUAAUAAUAAUAAUAAUAAUAAUUAAUUAAUUAAUAUAUCUUAGGGGCUGCCACAGAGAAGGCCCUCUCCUGGGCCAGCCCCCCUGAACUUCUGAGAGAGGUGGAACUACCAAGAAGGCCCCCUCUGCUGAUCUUAACACCCGGGAGGGUCGGUGGGGAAGGUGGCUGCCUUUCAAGUAUUUGGGGGUCUUUUCGGACUUCGAACACUAAGAUGAGCGCCUUGAACUCUGCCUAACAGAUUUCCCUAAAAUGCAUAUUUAUGCACACUUUCCCCUACUACUAGUUUUUGUUUAUUUUUGUUUUAAGAACCACCUCCUGAAAUUCAGAGAAGUGCAAGAUUCGGAGGGCUGCAUUUGGUUUCUGGGUCUUGCUUCAGGAAGUAGGAAUGCGGAAGGCUGGCAUCAAAACACAAACCGAACCAAUUUUCCCCUCUGCCCUUAACCUCUGUUGCAUGCAGAUCUUUCAUUUUGCUGUUGAGCAGCAGUUGUGUGUCGCAUAUGCUUUUAAAAAGGCAGCUGCUCAGCACUACAAAGGAAAAUGGCAAUAAACUAACUGCCUUUUCCUGAAAUAGCAUGGGGCAGAUUUUACUGCCACGCUGGGGUUCUUUUCAGCAGAUGCUCUGCAGGGAAGGAGAUGAAUCGCGGACAGUUAUGACCGGGGAUCUCCAAGGGGAACAUGAGUUUUAUUUGAAACAAUUUCAUUUCCUUUUGGCCAGGUGCCCAAACAUCAGCAGACAGCUCCUUCCCUGUGAGAAAGGAAAUGUAUUGUUAGGGUUGGAGAGGGGGCAUGUCUUACAAAAACCAGUAAAAUACCCUGCCACCCCCUGCCAUUCCUUUGCUGCCCUCUUACACAACUAGAAUUAGAGGAUAUUGUUCCAGCAAAAACAAACUCUUUUGAGACUGUGGCCACAUUCAUACUGUACGCUUAAAGCACUUUCAUGCCACGUUAAACAGUCCUGCUUUCCCUCAAAGGAUUCUGGGAGCUGAAAAAUGGCUGGAGUAAAGGGAAAUUUGGGGCGGUAUCCCGGCAUACAGUUCUUUCCAGCUGUUUUCAAGGGGGAAUUGUGCAAGAACUGAAAGAUAAAGGCAGAGAAGGCGGGUAGUAGCGACUUUGUCCCAAAACGUUUGUUGUGCCCAAGACCCUAACCACUACGCUGCACUGUUUCUGUGGUUUGGGUAUCAUUUUAUUUGAUGUCAUUUUAUUGAAAUGGUUUGGGUUUUUUUUAAAUGAGUGGUUGUAAUCAAGGCCCAUUUUGGUAGGGUUGGUCUUGAUGUGCCUUCCUGAAGGAGUUGGCUAGAACCAACUGUUAUUCUCUCCAAACUGGUUCUGCGUGGGUAUCCUUAAUUUGCAUCUUCUUGCUUCGUCCCUUGUCCAUUGUUUUGUUUUGUUUUGUUUUUUUGUUACGAUAUUCCAACAGUAAACAAAAGGCUACGUGCUUCACCCUCCGUUGGCUGAUAGCAUCUCCAGACAGGGAAAAUUUCCACUGGCCCUGUUUGCCUCAGGGAAAAGGGCACAGGAGCAAGUUUUAACAAGAGUCCUUCUCUCCUCCAGUCCAUAUUGUGACACACUUCCAGCUUCCCUGAGUUGGGUGGCCAGAGGUCUUCCCUGUGAAGGCACCCUCUAUUUCAGUGGUUCCCAACUUGGGACCCUGCACACCCCAAGAGGCACCCAUCAUCCCAGCCAGGGAAAAACAUGUAGCAAAAGUUCAGAGCUGGACCUAGUGGGGGACGGUGGCCAAAGGCCCUUGGCUUGAGGGUCUUCCCUCAAACAUUCAUGGCUUCCACCAAAGAAUCCUGGGGGCUGAAGUUUGAGAAUUCUUACAGUGGACCUAUUGCCUUCCCAAAGCCACAAUUCCCAGAGUUCCCUGGGAAGAGGGAUCGACUGUUAAGCCAUUCUGGAAACUGUAGCUCUGUGAGGGGAAUGGGGGUCUCCUGGCAACCCUCAGCACCCUUAACAAACUACAACUCCCAGAAUCCUUUGGGCGAAGCCGCCACUCACAGCUCUUUAAAUGUACAGUCAUACCUCGGGUUGAAGUAGCUUUGGGAUGAAUAUUUUCGGGUUGCUCUCCGUGGCGACCCGGAAGUAAUGUAGCGCGUUACUUCCGGGUUUCGCCGCUCGCGCAUGCGCAGACGCUCAAAAUAACAUCACGCGCAUGCACAGAAGUAGCGGAUUGCGACACGCAGACGCAGGUUGCGUCCACUUCAGGAUGCGAACAGGGCUCCGGAACAGAUCCCGUUCGCAUCCAGAGGUACCACUGUACGGCGUAGAUGCAGCCUUAGAAGAAAGAAGGGGAAGCAUUUUGGCAGACAUGGUGCAAGGACGCUUCUGCUUUUCGUGUUGGAAUGAAGUGGCCACGCUAUUUCUAAAUCAAAGCAGAAGGAAUGGAGGAAAUGAUGAAACAGGGGAGGGUGCUGGUUGUGUGUGAAUCCUUUGCAAUAAGAGGCCUGUUUGGGCUUCAGACACUCUGCAACACUGAUCGAACAGUUCUUUGCCUUUCCAUGCCUUGCCCUUCGUUCUUGUCAUUUGCUUGCAUAUCAUUGCGCAGUUGACAGGUUUCCAAUGGUUUUGAUCUAGUGUCAUGCUGGCAUCCAAGCUGCUCUGGUUUCUGUUUUUGACUGUGUUUUAGGGUUUUUCAACAUGUGAACUGUCCAGGGAACAUGGUUGAUUGGGUGUAGGAUGGAUGGGAGAGAAGUAUGAUUCAGCUCACAUUUAAAGGCGAAUCCACCCACUUAAAGGCAAAUCUAUGAAAUUUGCAGUUUCCAAUAUAGUCUAAGAACCAAUACACAGCCAUCUUUAGAUAUACACACUUUGGUGAAUUUUGCACCGCAGUUUUCCAGUCAAGUAAUGUGUUUUUAAAAAAUACCUAUAUGUGGGUGAAAUGUACAUAAAAAUGCAUAUUCUUAUUCUUAUUCUUUUUAUACUACCCUUCAUCAAGGAUCACAGGGUGGUUUACAAUAUAAGAACACAAAUAUACACAACACAUAUCAUUGAAAAUAGUAUUCAGAAAGGGGAAACUGCUUUGCAAAAAUGUGCAUAUUAAACAGCAUUAAUAUACAUUGAAGAAAUUCAUUUUUUUAAAAUCUCAAGCUGAUGAAGAAUUUAUUAUUUAUUUGUUUUUAAAAACUAUUAUUAAUUCAACGACAUGGAAGAAAUAAGGACAUAAUGAGGGAAAAUACCAUUAAAUUUAAACAUACAAACAGAAAAGAUACAGAUAUUGGUUUCUGUAUUUGCAAUGAUUAUUCCUAUUGCAGCGUAAUCACAUAUACUUUUAAAAACAAAUUUCUUUAUUUGUUAGUAUCAGGAUGCUGCCCUCGGGGUCUGGUGACAUUCACAGUGGCUGGAAACCACGGCAUAGGAGAGGGGUCUUGUGUUCAAAUCCUGCUUGCUGGUUUCCCACAGGCAUCUGCUUGGCCCCUGUGAGAACAGGAUGCUGGACUAGAUGGGCCACUGGCCUGAUCCUGCAAGCUCUUCUUAUGAUCUUACUUAGUUACAACUACGCAGGCUUGACCAAGACUUUUUGUGAUACUUUCCAGGUGUCCAUGCGGCAGGGUCUCCACCUCAGAUGCUUCCCAUGAGCCACACUGCUCCAGCACCCUCCGUUGUCGUCAUCUAAGAACACGGAAAGCCACGAAUCGAGGAUGGGGGAUUCCGCAGCCGAGACAGCGGUCCAAAUCCCCGAUGUCUGUUGCAAAGACACCCAGACGGAGCUCGCUGAGAGAGUCGCGGCGAUCCACGUUGCCGUCGGCCCUGAUGCCGCCGACCAAAACGGUCAAGGAACCAUAGCAGAGAAUGACGUUUCGUUCUCCAAGAUGGCUGCCAACAACCAAAGGAAUGGGGUUGGUGUUGAUUCGGGAACAUCCGAAGAACUAGAUGGGGCUCAUGAGUUGCUUGCCCCAAAGAGGGCUCCAGCAAGACCCAUCCUCUCUGGCCGGAAGUACUCCCUUCAGGAAAAGCCCGCAGGGAACUACUUGGCUUCUUCAGAUGCAGCAGGCUUCGGUCCUUACGCCACGGGCCCUUCCACUCACAUCUCACCACGGAUAGUGCGGCGGCCGACGAUAGAGUCCCAUCGAGUCUCCAUUUCAGAUUCUGCGGUGGGUUGGCUCUCCCUUUUGGAUGGAUGGGGUGUGCUGUUAACAAAGGGCGGUUGAAAAAUACUUUUAUGGUGAACUGAUAAAUGAAAUUCACACAGCCGGCUCUGCCGUUAGACAGAGUGAGGCAAACUCCUCUGGCAGCCAUUUUGGGGGGCUGUGAAAAGGAAGCAAACAGAUAGCUAUUUAAUGUAUUGUUAUUAAUGCUGCUGCUGUUGUUACUACUGCAGUUUUACAGUUAGGGGGUGAGAGAAGCAAUUGUGGGAAUAUCUAUCUGAAGCGCUGACAUAACUUGACUAACUUUGGUUUGGGAUGUGGGAGGAAUUGGUUUGUGUUGAAAGGGAAACCUACUUAAUUUGCCCCUUUCUGAAGCAAUAUGUGAACUGAGACACAGCCAUCCUUUGAAAUUUGCACUUCUUUGAAUUUUGAAAUGAAAUGCAUUAUAUUAAGGGAAACUGCCUUGCAGAAAUGUGUACAUUAGGUAAAACACUGUGUAUUUAUUAAUGCAAUCCACCAUUUAACGCAAUCUCCACUCCUUGAUCCUAAGUCCUGCCUUCUGGAGCAACCGUACCCAAUAAUAGAAUAGUUUGGUGGCAUCUGCAGAUUUGAUGAGCAUCCCCUCAGUUCCUUCAUCCAGGUCAUUUAUAAAGACGUUGAACAACAACGGGCCCUGGACAGAACCCUGCGGUACCUCACUUGCCACUUUUUUACAGGAUGACGAGGAACCAUUAAUGAGUACUCUUUGGGUUCGGUCAGUCAACCAGCUACAAAUCCAUCUUACAGUUACCUCAUUCAACCCACAUUUUACCAGCUUCCUCACAAGAACAUCAUGGGGGACUUUGUCAAAAGCCUUACUGAAACCAAGAUACACUAUGUCCACAGCAUUUCCCUGAUCCACCAAGUUUGUAAUUCCAUCAAAAAAAGAAAGAAAUCAGAUUGGUCUGGCAUGACUUAUUUUUGAGAAACCCGUGCUGGGUCUUAGUAAUCACAGCAUCCUCUUCUAAAUGCUCACAGACCGACUGUUGAAUUAUCUGCUCAAGGACCUUCCCUGGUAUCGAUGUCAAGCUCUCUGGUCUGUAGUUACCUGGGUCUUCCUUUCCCCCCCUUUUUGAAGAUGGGGACAACAUUUGCUCGGCUCAGUCUUCUACAUGGCAGCUUUUCAGAUAUUUGAAGACCACUAUCAUGUCUCCCUUUUCCCACCUGCCAGCCAAACCAGGGAUGGGGCACUUCAGGCCUGGAGAUCAAAUGUGGCCCUCCAGGCCUCUCUGUGCGGCCUUUGAGACCCUCUCCAAGCCACACCCCUUAUCAUCCCAUCUCUCACACCCUCCUUGAGUGUUCUCCCCUGCUGGGAUGUGCCUUCCAACUCUAACUAUGCCUCUUGCUUGUCUGGUGGGAGGCUAGAGAGGAGUGGGUGUGCAUAGGUCAGGCAUAGGCAAACUCGGCCCUCCAGAUAUUUUGGGACUACAACUCCCAUCAUCCCUAGCUAACAGGCCCAGUGGGCAGGGAUGAUGGGAGUUGUAGUCCCAAAACAUCUGGAGGGCCGAGUUUGCCUAUGCCUGGCGUAGGAACUAGCCUGCUGUACAGAGCUAAUAUUUGCAUUCCUUGCUCCACCUACUUUUGCCUCUGGCCCCUCCCACCCCACGUGACCCCUGGAAGGUUACCCAGACAGGAAUGUGGCUCUCAGCAGGUGGACAAAGUUUACCCCACUCCUCAUCUGAACCUAAGAUGCACCAGGCUGCAGGUCUCCCCCCAGCUCGACUCGGCAGCAGGAACUUAUUUCUACACGCCAAGUUUUUUCUGCUUCAAAGUUGCCACGCUGUUGGCUCCGUGUGUACCUUUGGCGCCUGUCUUUGGGGAAUUCUAGCAGCGGCUGGCUCAUGAUUAUUUUAUCAGCUGACGUGUGCCACAUUUCCCAGCACGGCGCGCACAAGAGCAGAAUAUGGGCACAGUUUGAAAUUUUAAUGCGGGCAAACGGUGGGCAGGUGCCUGAUUGUUGGCAGCUGUGCUAGGAAAAGCAAUAGAUAGAUAGAUAGAUAGAUAGAUAGAUCGAUCGGCCAAAGUGGCCUUCCUUGUGAGGGUGUUGGAGCCCCAGAGUACCAGCAGAAGGUCUCACAACACUGUUUUAUUGCAGCACCAGCUUUUGAGGAGCAGAGCAUCGUGUGAUGCGUAGACAGACAUAUUUGUACAGUGCUGCAGCAGGAAAGUAUUUUUUAAUAUAUAUAAAGAAAUGUACAAACAGUGGGGCCAAAAGGUCAUGAAAUCCAGUGGGAUUUGUUGUAGUUCAGUUGCAUUUCUACACGGAGUGCAAAUACACACAAGAUAAGAAUAGAUCGACCCAUUCGAAAUGACAGCUGCUGCAAAUAAAGCUGUCUGUCAGGCUGCGCUGUGCAAAGUUGACAUCGGAAAUGGGAAAGAAACCCAGCAGCCAGGAAUAAGCUUUGCCAGGUGAUCCGGGUUGAGUGUCCUCACUGCCUCCUGUGGGAGUGAGUUCCAUAGGUUAACAAUGUCCUGUGAGAAGAAGGUCAUCCUUUUAUCUGUCCGGAAUCUUCCAACAUUCAAUGGAUGACCUGGAGUUCUAGUGUUACUGGAGCACAAUAAGAACCACUUUCUCCAUGUCGUACAUACUUUUUAAAAGUUCUAUCAUUUUGCCACGUCUUUUCUCCAAAAAAGUUCCCAAAUUCUGCAGUCUUUCCUUGUAGGUGAGUCACUGCAUUCCUUUGGUCAUUUUGAUGGCUCUUUUCUGAACCUUUUCCAACCCCUUUUUGGGGCGAGGCAACCAGAACGGCACAAAGAAUUCCAAUCGCCUCCUCCCCUGCCACCAUCUUUCCUGUUUAGACAUAUUUUCGAUAGGCAAGUUGUUGAGCGUGGCGUGGCAUUUGCCCCACCCCAAACCGUCUUUCUCCCUGAGCCCCUUUCUGGCGACAUUCAGAUACAUUGGAAUACUUUCCGAAGCGACACCUUUCCCCUAGUGCAGGCUGCUUGGGGGUCAUCCAUCGCUGUCAGAGGCAGCGUUAUCCAUCACACCGUGGUUGUGAGUCAUUACGCAAGUUACAGCCCUGGUAAAAACGAAGAUGAAAUCAAUCACAGCUGUUUUGUUGGCUUAUCCCCAUUGGUGAAGAUCCAUGAUGGAUUGGUGGUUGCCUGCUGUGCUACACAACUGAGGCUGCGCUCAUGUCAACAGAGAAGGAUUGCAUCCUUAGACAGCAAUGCAUUUUAAGACCUUAGGCCUGGGGUCAAAUGUAGCCCUCCUACCCUCUUGUAUCAGGUGUCUGGAGCUUUCCCCCCAGUCACACAAAACCCAAGCCAUUUCAUCAGAGGCAGAGAAGGGCAGAAGAAAGGUUUGCAGCAUCCGGCCAAUGGCUCAGCAUCAUGUCCUCACAGUGGCUACUCAGACACCUGUGGGAGACCAGCAACCAGGACCCAACUGUGGAGGCUAAUAGCUUUGUCCAAUCCUCCUUUAAAGCCGUCCAAAUGGGGAGAGAGUCCCACAGUUUAACUCUGCCCAAAUCUUUCUCUGCCCCAAAUCUUCUAACAUUCCUUUGGAUGUCCACAAGUUCUAAUGGAAAAUGAUGAAGCAGAGGAAAUGUCACAGAGCCGAGCCGGCAGUAAAUCACACCGUUCAAAGUUGGAGUUACAGUCGUACCUUGGUUUUCGAACAUCUUAGUUCUUGCAUGUUUUGGCUGCCGAACGCUGCAUACCCGAAAGUGACUGUUCCGGUUUGCGAACUAUUUUUGGAAGCCGAACGUCCGACGGUGCUCCCACAGCUUCCAAUUGGCUGCAGGAGCUUCCUGCAGCCAAUCAGAAGCCGUGCUUUGGUUUCUGAACGGCUUCCAUUCGACUUCCAAGGUACGAGUGUAUUUGCAAAAACACAGUCUCUAUAGACUCGGCUGAGUGUCAGGCCUAAUAGGCACAGCAGCUCAUCCCCAUUGGUGCUCCUCCAUGACAUCAGUUGUCGUGACUGAAAGUCCCUGCAUCCCCACAGCCGUCCCCUCUUCUCCGUGACUUUUCCCAAUCAAUCGGAGACUGUGCCUGUGUGCAGCCUGUCGCUGCUCCACCCUUUUCAUUCCUCUUCUGGUUCUGGGAGACAUAGGGAGGAGGGGAGCUUGUUGCAGCAGGAGACACCUGUGACUCUUCACUAGCCUGAUUCAUCUCUGCCUCUUGAUCUCCUUUCUCCCUGUGACCACUCAUCGUUGUCCCACCACCACUCUGAGCCUUCUUCCCUUGGUGGCUCCCCAUCUGGUUCCUCCCACCACUCCUCUGCGUUCAACCAGCCCAUGACAGGAAGUCUCUUACUCCAAGAUAUAAUAUAAAAUAUAAUUUAUUAUUUAUACCCCCCCCAUUUGGCUGGGUUUCCCCAGCCACUCUGGGCGGCUUCCAACAAAGUAUUAAAAUACAGUAGUCUGUUAAACAUGAAAAGCUUCCCUAAAGAGGGCUGCCUUCAGAUGUCUUCUAAAAGUCUGGUAGUCGUUCUUCUCUUUUAUAUCUGGUGGGAGGGCGUUCCACAGGGCGGGUGCCACUACCAAGAAGGCCCUCUGCCUAGUUCCCUGUAACUUGGCAGCUCGCAGUGAGGGAACCGCCAGAAGGCGCUCAGCGCUGGACCUCAGUGUCCGGACAGAACGAUGGGGGUGAAGACGCUCCUUCAGGUAUACUGGACCGAGGCCGUUUAGGGCUUUAAAGGUCAGCACCAACACUUUGAAUUGUGCUUGGAAAUGUACUGGGAGCCAAUGUAGGUCUUUCAAAACCGGUGUUAUGUGGUCUCGGCAGCCGCUUCCAGUCACCAGUCUAGCUGCCGCAUUCUGGAUUAGUUAUAGUUUCCGGGUAGCCCCACGUAAAGCGCAUUGCAGUAGUCCAAGCGGGCGAUAACUAGAGCAUGCACCACUCUGGCAAGACAGUCCGUGGGCAGAUAGGGUCUCAGCCUGCGUACCAGAUGGAGCUGGUAAACAGCUGCCCUGGACACAGAAUUAACCUGCGCCUCCAUGGACAGCUGUGAGUCCAAAAUGACUCCCAGGCUGCGCACCUGGUCCUUCAGGGGCACAGUUACCCCAUUCAGGACCAGGGAGUCCUCUACACCUGCCCGCCUCCUGUCCCCCCAAAACAGUACUUCUGUCUUGUCAGGAUUCAACCUCAAUCUGUUAGCUGCCAUCCAUCCUCCAGCCACUUUCAGACACUCACACAGGACCCAGGGCUGAGUUGUUAGAAAAAUGGUCUUCUGUAUUUACUCCUUAGUUGCCAUGGGAACCAGGCCUUCACACCCUUCUUGAGUGUUUUUGCUUGGCUGGAAUAUGACCUUCAGUCCUGAUGAUGCUUCUUGCUUAUCUUGAUGGAAGAUAGGGAGGGGCGUGUGAUUAUAGAAACUAGGCCAGUGUAGAAAGGUAAAAGUCACAUUCCCUGCUCCACUCACUUUUGAAUCUGGCUCCGCCCACCACUAGAAUGUGGCCCCUGGAAGGUAGCCUUGGACAGAAAUAUGGCCCUCAGACUGGAAAUGUUUUCCCACUCAUGUUUUUAGGGGAGGAUUGAACAUAUUUUCAGUGGACCAAAAGCUGAACGGCCGGCUGUAUCAUGUUCUGUUUUAUUCAGUUUACAAGCUGCUUGCUUAAGAUAAAACUAUACUCUAGGUAACACAGACAAAAUUAAAACAUUGCACAUUGAAUUGUGCAAUAAAAUUCAAUAAAAAACAUAAAUCAAUUUUAAAAAACCCUCCCUGGCAAUAAAAUCCAGCAUAGAUAGAUGCCGAUUAAAGCCGCAGUUAAGAAUCUGAGAAAACUCAGCUCAGCUGGAAAAACUAAGAAGAAGAAGCUCAUUUGUCAUCGACCUGCGGAGCUGAAAUUAAAAGAGCAAUGAUGUUUUAAAGAUAGAGAGGUGUUAAAAGGCUUCGGAGCACAAUAAAAGGCCUUUGGCUGGGAAGGAAAUGAAAAGGGACUCUCAGGAUAGCAUUUCACAGACCGGAAGGAAGGGGCUUUGCAGAAAGGCCCUCUUCAUCUUAACAGCCCUCAGGAUUUCAUUGUGUGGGGCACGUGGAGAAAAAACAAACUUAAAACAUCCCAGCGAAAAGGCCUUAGGUAAAUGACCUGAUAAAAAAAGGAAUAUUUUUGCCUGGCACCUAAAGCUAUGUAAUGAUGGCGCCAGACGAGCUGCGCUGGGGAGAGCGUUCCACAAGCAAGGAGCCACCACUGAAAAGGCCCUGUUCUUGUGUUGCCACCCUCCAAACGUCCCAUGGAGGGGGGCACACAAAGAAGGGCCUCAGGUGAUGAUCGCAGCGCCUGGGUCAGUUCAUACAGAGAGACAAAGUUCUUGAGGUGUUGGUACCCUGAGCCACAUAAACCUUUAUGGGUCAGAAUCAGCAUUUUGAACUGGGCCCGGAAACCAAUUGGUAGCCAGAGUAGUUGGGCCAGGACUGGUAUUACAUACUCAGAGGAUUUUGCCCUGGUAAGCAACCUGGCUGCCGAAUUCUGCACCGGCUGCAGUUUACAAAAAUAGAAAACCAUUACUUCGAUCAUAGCAUAUUACUACAAAUAAACGCACUUACCAAUAAACCCCAACCAUGGAGGCAGAGCAUAGCGUGACUUGUUGCCAUCAAUAGUCCUAUCCUCUGUGAAUUUGUCCAAUCCUCUUUUAAAGCCAUCCAAGUUGGUGACCACCCCCUGUCUCAAGUGGGAGGGAGUUCCAUAGUUUAGAUACGCACUGCGCGGCAAACACGGCCCUAGUAAGUGUGUUUAGGGUUGCUUCCUUCAUCAGUGAGUCCAUUAAUCAGCUAAAAUGCACCUGAUGAAUAGACCCAGAUUAUUUUGCCUCACGUAUCCUCCGUUAACAAAUCCCAACCAAGACUUAGAUGGCUUGGUGCGUUAUGCUGACUACAGCGUCUGGCAGAGGGCAGACUUUUCGUACAAAAAUUGGCCGGAGGCGGCAAAAAACCUUCAGAGCGAGCUGCCUUCGGAGCCCGAUCGCAUUUGACAGCCUCUCUGCACGGCAGCGCUUCCUCCCUUUUUAAAACGGAAAGACUCGCUUCAUGCAUCCAGCUGAGGGAAGCGGACCUAGCAGCUCACUCAGAUGUGUGACUGAGGAGAAGUGACAGGCAGAGGGAACCUGGCUUGCCUCAGAGGGUGUACUUUUCCUGUCUGCAGAUCACAAAUACUAAGGGGGUAUUCUUCCUCAUCGCCUCACAAUGAAGCUGGGUUGCGGUGCUCAGAUGCCAUGAUUAGCUCUCGCUGUUGUCGCUGAAUUGGGGGCGAGGGAGGAAUUCGGUUCAAUUUGCAUCGAAAGGCAAAUAUUACCUAAUUCACAGUAUCCAAAACAGCUCCCAAACUGAAACACAGCCAUCCCUUGAUGUUUGAAAGUAUCCAAAUUUUUGAAACGCAGUUUCUUACCAUCCAAGGUAAUUGUGUGCCAAAAUGCAUGUAUUGAGACGUGCAUUAAAAUGCAUGUGUUGGCGAAAAGGACAUACAGAAGUGCAUUAUAUUACGGGAAACGUAACUUUCAGGGGAAAUGCGCUCUGCGGAAUCGGGGAUAUUGGGCAAAAGAGCAUCCGGGAAUGUUUGCAUUAGAAAUUCUCACAAAAAUGCUGAUGGGUUUUCGUGAUUACUUAAAAAAAAAAAAAGUCAGCUGAUGUGGAUGUGAGGAGAGCUAACUGGAAAAAUGAGAAACUGACCAAUUUGCCCAUCUCAGCCUCCAAAUGCAAUCCUUUUGAACUAGCUACCCUAACUGAAUCUCUAUUUCUACCCCUCCAGGAUUGUGUUCAGCUGAACCAAUAUAAGUUGAAAAGCGAAAUAGGCAAGGUAUGUAACCACAAUUCUUCCUCAACUGCUUCAUCUGAAGUAGAUUUUUGGGGUUCUAUGCAAUUUUAUUCUGUAUAUGUUUAUUAAAAAAACCUGUUGAUUGUUAUUUAUAUGUUGAUAAUUUUAUUAUGCCUACUGUUUUAAAAUAUCUGUUUUUAAUCGCUGCUUCUAAUGACCGUUUUAUACUAUUUUAUGCUCCAAGUUCCUUCCAUGCUAUCUUGGAACUGUAGGUAGAAUGCAAAAUCCCGAUGGCGACUCCUUUCAUCCUGCCUUCUAACUGAAGAUAUAUAAGCAGUUAUACUUCCAAGCCCUCUUAGUGUUAUUCAGUUCAUAUGUAAAUAAUAAAGGAUGGUUUCCAUCGUAAACCUUUUGCAAAAUAGAGUUUCCUUCCUUUCCCCCCCUUUUUUACACACACAGUUCCAUUUGAUGUUAUAUUCCAUAUUUAUAAUCCAAUUUCUUCCAUCCUCGCUUGUACAAAUAUAAUUUGAACUAGCAUUCAGAGGAGGGUUGCUGAAUCAUAAAUGUAGAGAAGAAAACUUUAAAUAAAGAAACUGUAGGCUCUCCUCCCCCCACCGUCUUUUGCACCGAAUGAAGUCUUAUCUCAAGUUCAAACCGUAAUGUCCUUGCAAUUGGUUUUUUCCACAGUUAGCGAUCUCAUCUCUUCUAGCACAUGACUGUACUUUAGUCCAAUUAAGCUCUAAUUAACAGGAGAACCUUUGCUUCUUAAUGGCAGCGUUGGAGGGUUUUCGGCAGGUGAAGUGCUUUUGCACUCAGCGCCUCCUUGCCCCCCCCCCAUUCCAUGCCGGAGGAGAGCCAGGUUCGAGACAAACUGUGAGUGAAGUGAAGCCUGCCCCCCCCUGUCCCUGGGGGGGAAUUUGCAAGGAUAAUUGCCCUCAAUCAUCCUUGUUUUUCCUUUGCCAAUGAUCUCCUAAUGUCAUGAGGGCUGCUUCCAUUAAGGCAGAGCGGAACCGGAAGCCAGCGUGGCAUUUGGUUGUGAGUUUUUGAGCCGCUUCUUAUGUCUUGGAGCCCUGCCGCAAUGCCGGCUCACUCUUAACAAAUCUGAUGGGCCUCAAUGUGCCGAACAAGUGAGGUUGCAGGAAUAAGGGGAAGGUGCUGUUGUUGACUUCACUGAUCCAAGCCUCUUCCCGCUACAGGCAGCAGGUAAGCGGAGGAACGGCUGGUGUUCUUCUCCUGCCUGCCUUUGGGAAUCCUGUGCCAGCCUCCUGCUACAGAGAUAAUGACUGUGUAUAUCGAAAUUUGCACAUGGCAGAGUUCCCAGCACUGCAGCACCUGGGCUGCGCGUGACGAGAAUCAGAGAUGUCCCCUUCCUCUGCCCUUCAUGGAAAAGAGCCUAAAGUCUGUGCUCCAACACAUAAGUGUCCCUGGGAGGCAGCCCAACAGAUAAGCAUGUUCUGCAAGAACAUGAGAACAGCCAGCCCUCAUGCUGCCUUUCCAAAACUGGUGCUGGGCUUUUGGAAGGAGGCACAAGGCCCUGGCAGGGUCCUAGAGCCCUCCCACCUCCUUCCCAAAGAUGGGAAAGCGCUAGCUAGGCUUUGGCAAGGAGCGUGGAGGACUCUGGGACCCUUUCAGAGCCCACACACCUCUUUCCCAAAGCCCAGCACCUCCUUACCUGACCUUGGAAAGGCAGGGGGUGGGAAGUCAUGAAAUGUUGCUGGAAAAAGGUAUGUAACCCUCAGGCCCUCCAUGUUGGAACACCCUGGCCUGACGAUUGAAUUUUGAAGUCUGUGGGAGUUGGGGUGGGGAAGAGGGAAUUGGCCAGAUAAAAAAUAACCCAUCUCCCCAUUCCACUGACAGAAGUUCUUUCUGCCUGAUCAAAGAGCUUUCCAUCCUCAUGAAUCUCUUUAAACCGAUGAAAAGGAUUGCGUAGGUAGAUCAUCUGCCUUUGAACUCAGUUUAGCUCCUUCCAUUUAAGCACCUUUAUUUACAUUUUUUUGGCAUAUCAAGAGAGGGGAAAAAAGAAACUAAAAUCUUCUGGGCAUUUGCAGAUGGGUCAUCGCAGGAGCCCUGCUGGAUCAGAGCAAAGGACCACUUGGUCCGACAUCCUGUUCGUGACUGCUGUCACCAUCUGCAGUGAUCAUGGAGCCCAAGAAAGUAAAAUCUCUCACUGCCUCCAUUUCUUCACCUCCUGGCAAUUAGAAGGGGAAGAAAUGGAGGCAGUGAGAGAUUUUACUUUGUUGGGCUCCAUGAUCACUGCAGAUGGUGACAGCAGUCACGAAAUUAAAAGACACCUGCUUCUUGGGAGAAAAGCAAUGGCAAACCUAGAGAGCAUCUUAAAAAGCAGAGACAUCACCUUGCCAACAAAGGUCCAUAUAGUAAAAGCUAUGGUUUUCCCAGUAGUGAUGUAUGGAAGUGAGAGCUGGACCAUCAAGAAGGCUGAUCGCCGAAGAAUAGAUGCUUUUGAAUUAUGGUGCUGGAGGAGACUCUUAAGAGUCCCACGGACUGCAAGAAGAUCAAACCUCUCCAUUCUGAGGGAUAUCAGCCCCGAGUGCCCACUGGAAGGACAGAUCGUGAAGCUGAGGCUCCAAUACUUUGGCCACCUCAUGAGAAGAGAAGACUCCCUGGAAAAGACCCUGAUGUUGGGAAAGAUUGAGGGCACAAGGAGAAGGGGACGACCAGAGGACAAGAUGGUUGGACAGUGCUCUCGAAGCUACCAGCAUGAGUUUGACCAAACUGCGGGAGGCAGUGGAAGACAGGAGUGCCUGGCGUGCUCUGGUCCAUGGGGUCACGAAGAGUCGGACACGACUAAACAACAACAAUUUACAUUUUUUUGGCAUCUCAAGAGAGAAGUUGCUUAAAAAAACAACAACAACUAAAAUCUUCUGGGCAUUUCUCGAUGGGGCAUCGCAGGAGCCCUGCCGGAUCGGAGCAAAGGACCGCUUCGUCCGACAUCCUGUUUCCGACAGGAAGUGGUCAGAUGGCAGGACAGAAGCAGAAUGCCUAGAAUGUUGUUUUUGUUUCAAACAUUGCAAAUUGUGGACAAAAUGGACUGUUUCAAGAGGUGGCAGAGAGAUAUUUCUAGAUUUGUCUGGCAGGGCAAGAAGCCUAGAAUAAAAUUUAAAAUAUUAACAGAUGCAAAGGAAAGAGGUGGAUUUGCCCUGCCAGACUUUAAACUUUACUAUGAAUCAGCAGCCUUUUGCUGGUUGAAAGAAUGGCUGCUUCUUGAAAACACUGACAUUUUGGAUCUAGAAGGUUUUAACAAUGUAUUUGGAUGGCAUGCAUAUCUGUGGUAUGAUAAGGUCAAAGCACAUAAAGCAUUUAAAAACCAUAUUGUCAGGAAAGCAUUGUUUAAUGUUUGGAUAAGAUACAAGGACUUAUUGGAAAAUAAAACCCCAAGGUGGCUGUCACCGAUGGAAGCGAAAGCUCUGAAAAAGCUCAAUAUGGAGGUCAAAUGGCCAAAAUAUUGGGAAAUUUUGGAACAAGAUGGAGAUAGACUGAAAUUACAGAGUUUUGAGAAAUUAAAAAAACAAAGUGCGAGACUGGCUUCAUUAUUAUCAGAUAAUGGAGGCAUAUAAUUUGGACAAGAAAAUUGGCUUCCAGGUGGAAAAAUCAAAAUUGGAAACAGAACUGUUAGAACCCAAAACUAAGAAUUUGUCAAGAAUGUAUAACUUGCUGUUGAAAUGGAAUACUCAGGAUGAAACGGUGAAAUCUGCUAUGAUUAAAUGGGCACAAGAUGUUGGACAUAACAUAAUGAUGGCUGACUGGGAACAGUUAUGGACCACAGGUAUGAAGUUUACGGCAUGUAAUGCCUUAAGAGAGAAUAUUAUGAAAAUGAUAUACAGGUGGUACAUGACACCAGUCAAGCUUGCAAAAAUCUAUCAUUUGCCCGAUAAUAAAUGUUGGAAAUGUAAAGAAACCGAAGGUACAUUCUUUCACCUUUGGUGGACGUGCCCAAGGAUUAAGGCUUUCUGGGAGAUGAUUUAUAAUGAAAUGAAAAGGGUAUUUAAAUAUACCUUUCUGAAGAAACCAGAGGCCUUUCUCCUGGGCAUGGUCGGCCAAAUGGUGCCAAAGAAGGACAGAACUUUCUUUAUGUAUGCCACAAUAGCAGCAAGAAUACUUAUUGCAAAGUAUUGGAAGACACAAGACCUACCCACUCUGGAAGAAUGGCAGAUGAAGGUGAUGGACUACAUGGAAUUGGCGGAAAUGACUGGCAGAAUCCGAGACCAGGGAGAAGAGUCGGUGGAAGAAGAUUGGAAGAAAUUUAAAGACUAUUUACAGAAAUAUUGCAAAAUUAAUGAAUGUUAGAAUGAUGUUGGAAUGAAGCUAGGUGGUUUAAGCAGUAAUGCUAUAAAGGUGUAUGUAAAAAAAGGAUUGAUAACAGAUGAAAAUUUAAAGUUAUAGUAUAUUAAGUUAAAGGAUCAUGAGAAAACAAAGAGGGAAAGAAAUUGCUGACUUAACUAAUUGAACUGGAAUACAAAAAAGGGAGGUAUGAGGAGGUCAGGGAAACAAGGAUAUGAAUGUAAGCUAUGGAAAGAUUGAUCCAUUAUUAUUCUUUUUUUUUUUUUUAAGUGUCUUUUAUUCUUUUAUUCUGUAGUUUGUAUUUUGUAUUUUUUUUGUAUUUUUACUUUUUGUUUUUGUGUAAUUCUCUUUUUUCUCUGAAAUUUUAAUAAAUAUCAUUUAAAAAAAAAAAAGAAGCAGGGAAAGGGGCAUCGCUCAGUGGCAGGACACCUGCUUCGCAUGCAGAAGGCCCCGGGUUUGUUCUGCAGCAUCUCCAGGUAGGGCUGAGAGAGGCACCUGAGCCUGAAACCCUGGAGAGCUGCUGCCGGUCAGUGUAUGCAGUGCUGAGCUAGGAGGAGGACCAGCGGUCUUGACUCAGUUUAUAAGGCAGACUUGGGUUGGGGAACAGUAUCCGGCCAGCGGGCCACAUCCUUACUCCCCAACCCCGAUGACAGGUGGGCAAGACCGCGCACCUGUCAGCAACCUGAUGUCACAAUGAUGUCAGGUGACUGAAACCUGUCAAAGUCCAAGGGAAGUAACUGACAACUGCCAAUCAGCAGUUACAGCAGCCACCUUUGAAGAUGUGCUUCGGGCGCCGUUCAGCACUGGGAGUUGCACUUUCAAAGGGAGUCUCUGUAGCCGCCGACCAGCUGAUUAAUGUUUAGUGGAAGCCCUUUUGAAGUACUCAAAACGAAACAUAUUUCCCCCUGCAGAGAAGGAGGUUUGUAUUCAGAGCAUUUAGAAAGGGAGCUUUUCUUUCUUUUUUUCAUUUCCAAGUAAGCAGCAUUUUUAGUGCAAACUCCUUCCACCAGAACGAACAUAUGCUCCUUUUUUUCAAGGCGGCAUUUUUCUUGUUUUGUUUUCCCCCCGCUGCUGAGAAAGCAGCUUGGAUUUAAAGCACCGCAGCAAGCGUUUGAAUCCAAACUGCAUCCUCCAAGCCUUUGUUCAUACUUCCAGAACUUACACGUGGACCCUCUGUGCUUCAAAACCCCACUUUUCUCUUAAUUUUUGGGGUGCAGCUCGCCCAAUGAAAAGCGUGCAAGGCAUCAUGAGAAAAUUGCAUUUUGGGGAAACAGCUUACAGAAAAUAGAUACGUUAGGCAAAAAGGUGUAAAGAACUGUGUAUUAAUACAUGAAAGGUACAUAUAAAUCUGCAAGAGGUUGCAAGAGUUCUCAUGUCAUCCUCCCAUUGAUCAAAGAAAGCCACAUUUUUGUCCUUCCAGUGUAUCAAUAUUAAUUUUUUUUUCAGAUGUCCAGGCCCAGAGAAUCCAUUUAUGUUGACCAUUUGUCAUGCCCCAUAUAUUAGGUAUAAGAGGAUGUUUUGGAAUUUUCAACUCUUUCCUCACAGUAGUUUUCAUACAUCCUAGUAUUUCUUUCCAAAAAUUUUUGCUAAUGUCGAACAUACUUUUCAAUGAGCCAUUCUCUAGUCUGAACUGACAUUGUCUGUGCAUUUAUUUCUUAGGGCUCCUAUGGCGUCGUGAAGCUGGCCUACAAUGAAAGUGACGACCAAUAUUAUGUAAGUUCCUACCCUGCUCCCUUCCGUUCCCUAUGCAAGUGGCUGGAUAGUCCCUCCAAUCAAUUUUGACCUCUCAGGGGAGCCUAAUUUCACUCAUCCCUUGUUGCAUUUAUACCUCACCUUUUCCUCCAAGGAGCUCAAAUUGGCCUACAUGGCUCUCCGCCUCCUCAUUUACCCACCCCCCUCCCCACAACAACCCUGUGAAGUAGGUUAGGCCAAGGGGCAGUGACUGGCCCACAAUCAGCGACCUUCAUUUUGGGGUGAGGGAUUUGAACUCAGGUCUCUCCCAGGUCUUAGUCCAACACUAACUACUGCACCACCACAGGCUCUUGCCUGUCUGUGUUUAUUUGAGUUCACUUGCCUUGAGAACGGACUCUCCGUUCCACCACAAAAGAACCCACUUUGUCCAGGAACACAGUCUCUUGGGUGGGCUUCAUCCUAGAGAUGGAGGAGGCCAGCUCAGAUUGCAGGAAUUCUCCCCAAUAAUUCUGGGAGCUGGAGUCUGUUAAGGGUGCUGAGGGUUUGUAAGGAGAUCCCUAUUCCCGCCCCCUCGUCCCCUGAGUUGCAGUUGGAGGCAGCAAUGCUUCUGAAAACCAGUUGCUGGAAGCCACAAGAUGGGAGAGUCGCUCUUGUGCCCGAAUCCUGCUUGCUGGUUUCCCACAGGCUCACCACUGUGAGAGCAGGAGGCUGGUCUAGAUGGGCCCUGGGCCUGAUCCAGCAGGCUCUUCUUAUGUUCUUUAAUCCCAGAGUACAGUGGUACCUCAGGUUACAGACGCUUCGGGUUACAGACACUUCAGGUUACAGACUCAGCUAACCCGGAAGUAGUACCUCGGGUUAAGAACUUUGCUUCAGGAUGAGAACAGAAAUCGCAUGGCGGCAGCAGCAGCAGGAGGCCCCAUUAGCUAAAGUGGUGCUUCAGGUUAAGAACAGUUUCAGGUUAAGAACGGACCUCCCAAACGAAACGUUCUUAACCCGAGGUACCACUGUAGUGCAACAACCAGUCCCUCUUCCCGGGGAACUCUGGGAAUUGUAGUUUUGGGAGGGGAAUUAGGACCUCCUAACAACUCGGCACCCUUAACUGACUCCAGCUCCCAGAAUUCUUUGGGGGAAGCCAUGACUGUUUAGAGUGGGUAUCACUUGGGAUGACAUGAAUGUGGCCUAAGCUGAAAAAAGGAAGUUGGAAGGUCCCUGCACAGAUCGCGGACAGCACCACUCCUCAUUCAAACAUCUUGGAAGAUGUUCCUGUUGGCCGGCUCACCAAGUAAACCUCCUCAUUCACAGAGCCAUCCAGAUUGCCUGAGGCCACUGAGGAAGAAAGCAAAAGAAAAUGGCACCUGGGAGGGAGGGGGGAACCCAUAAGAGAAACUGCUCCAAAUUGCAUAAUGAGCUAAUGGCCGGUUAGCUCCCCGCCACGCUACUUGAUUGACAGGCGGCUUUUCAUACCGAAAGAGAUUGCAUGUUCCAUGUAUCUCCACUUUGCAGAACAACGUUCACACCGAUAGCGCUUUGACGAGAGCUGUCAAGUGGGCAAUGGAAAUAUUUCACGCAAGUGCAAUGCACCACCAAUUACCUGGGACCCUUUUAAAAUUCUGACAAUUGGAAACAAUUCAGAUUCUCUCUUUCUGUCUCACUCGCACAAACAAACAAACACACACACAGGCAAUAUGCUGAAUUUUUUCAUUGUCGCCUAUCCCUGUCCUUUCCCCCCUUCAAGGUGGUUACAGCAGAGAAGAGGGAGCGUUGCUCUGGCGCCUUCUGCCUUUUGAUCUUACCUUUAAAACAUAUGUCCAGAUUUAAAGGCUCAGAUUACUGUGGUGACAGCGCCAGGCUACUAGCACCUGGAAAAGACCAGAGUUCAAAUCCCUGCUUUGGGUGACCUUGGGGGACUGUUCACAGACUUUCUUGGCCUAACCCACUUCACAGGUUUGUUGUGAGGAUAGGAUGGGGAGGAAGAGGACCACAUACACCACCUUUGAGCUCCCUGGAGGAAAAGUGGGGUCUGAAUGAAGUACCGUAUUUUUCGCUCUAUAGGACACACUUUUUCCCCUCCAAAAAUUAAGGGGAAAUGUGUGUGCAUCCUAUGGAGCGAAUGCAGGCUCCUUGGCUUCAGUGAUAGCAACGCGAAGCCCCCGAAGCGCAGAGGGAGCGUUCCCUCCGCGCUCUGGAGGCUUUGCGUUGCUUUCGCUGAAGCCUGGAGAGCGACCCCUCUCGCUGACCAUCGUGGUCUCUUCCAGCUCUACAGUUCUUUGAUUCUAUAGCUUCGUUGUUUUUCAAAUGUAAACUGAGUGGAGGGAAAAGAGAACUCGAGAGACCACAACUGGCAGAUUUGUCGCUCCUUCCUCUUUUGUUGUUUACCCUCCUUUCACCCUAUAGUCCCCGGGAAGCUGACCACAAUUAAAACACAGUAUUGAAAAACAGUUUAAAACAAACUAAGAAAUAGAAUGGGUCCUACUUACUGCUCCAAAUUACUACUUACUUGACUUUUUAUAAUACACGUCUCCUCCCCACCCCUUCUGUUUCACUACAGGCCAUGAAAGUCCUCUCCAAAAAGAAGCUAUUGAAACAGUAUGGAUUUCCACGUAAGUAUCUGUGCCUUUUUACAGCUUGGGGAGCUUAUCUGAAGGUAGGGCAGGCACACACUUCCGUCUAGGCAAACAAGGGGCAUUCUGGGAAUUAAAGCCAGGCAAAAACUCUCAAGGAAGGUGCAAAACUGGGCCAAUAUGGGACGAUACUUCGUUUGGGAGGACAACAACUUUAUGAGCAUGCAAGGAGACAAGGAAAACUACUCCUAACUAAUGUGUAAACUGGUACAACUUGUUCCUUUGGGUAAAGGUCGACCUCCGCCUCGAGGGUCAAAAGCUGCUGCCGGGGGACAGGCAAAGCCCAUGGCCCCGCUUGAGCGGAUCUAUCAGGAAAUAGCCAUCUUAAAGAAACUGGACCAUAUCAACGUUGUCAAGCUGAUUGAGGUUUGUUUGUUUCUGUUGUGUGUCUGACCCUGAAGAUAAAGGUAAAGGGACCCCUGACCAUUAGGUCCAGUCGCCGACGACUCUGGGGUUGCGGCGCUCAUCUCGCUUUAUUGGCUGAGGGAGCUGGCGUUUGUCCGCAGACAGUUUUUCCGGGUCAUGUGGCCAGCAUGACUAAGCCGCUUCUGGCAAACCAGAGCAGCACAUGGAAACGCCAUUUACCUUCCCGCCGGAGCGGUACCUAUUUAUCUACUUGCACUUUAAUGUGAUUUCGAACUGCUAGGUUGGCAGGAGCUGGGACUGAGCAAUGGGAGCUCACCCCGUCCUGGGGAUUCGAGCCUCUGACCUUCCGAUCGGCAAGCCCUAGGCUCUGUGGUUUAGACCACAGCGCCACCCUCAUCCCUGACACUGAAGCAUCCCUGCAAAUGGCACGUGCAGGAUCAUGUAAUGGGGGCUGUAUGUGUCUGCUCGGGCAGGCUUUUUACUUGUAAGGAAGCUAAAGAACAUAAAGAAGAAAAUAGUUUCAAAACCCAACUCUCUUUUGUUAAAACUGUCCCAGAGAUCAGAUGCAUUUUACAUCCUCUUGCUGCUUUCAGAUCAAAAUGCAUCUUUCUCUCUCUCGAAUGUGGCCACGUUCUGAGUAAAGCUCUCCAGGAACCAACCCCAGACAUUUUGCAAUUUCCCCCUCUUUGGGAAGGACUGCAACGUUUAUAAUGUUGUUCCCCAGUCCCACAGGCAAACAAGAGUUAAAAACCCAUCUUUUCCAUAUAGUCUUGCUAGUCUCCGUACACCAUUGCAACUAAUGCCACACUCACACCAUAGAUUUAAAGCACUAAGGCAACUUCGGCAGUCACGGCUUCCCCCAAAGAGUUCUGGGAGUUGUGGUUUGUUAAGGGCGCUGAUAACUGUAAGGUGGCCUCUGUUCCUCUCACAGAACUAGAAUUCCCAGGGUGGUUUAACAAUCAACCCUUCUUCAUAGGGAAUUGUAGCUCUGGGCGGGGGGAUAGGGGUGUCCUAACAACUCUCAGCGCCCUUCGCAAAUGACAGAUCCCAGAAUUCUUUGGGGGAAGCCAUGACUGUUUUCAAUGGCAUCGUAGUGCUUUAAAUCUAUGGUGUGAAUGUGGCCUCUUUACGUUCUUGCACUCUAAGGUCUAUAUCCAUCUACAUUCUACUGGGAGUAAACCCACUGAAAUUAAUGGCGCUUACUUGGUCAUGUCCAUUAAUUUCAGUGGGUCCGCUCGUGAGUAAAACCAACGGUGGAGACACCCCAAAAUGUUUGCCUCCAUUGUCCCUUGUGUCAGGUUUGAGAUGGCAACACCCACAGGGCAGAAACUUGCCCCUUCCUACUCUCCUGUAGCACCAUCACUCAGCCCUCUUUUACCAACAAUCUCAGCACCUUCAUUCGGAUUACAGUUCCCAGGCUUCUUGUGAGGGGAUCCAGGACAGCAUAAAACCGAUCCGUGUUUUGUGCUGUAGAAUGAUAUCCUCAUCUUUCUGUCGUUCGUAAGCUCCUUCCCUCGGCCUGUGAUCUGUGGAGGCCCAAAGGUUUGAACAAAUCUCUUUCCUUCCAGGUACUAGAUGACCCCGCAGAAGACAACCUGUACAUGGGUAGGCAUUUCCAUCUUUUAGAAAAACGUAGUUGAUCGGCACCGGUUAUUUGCGGGCAAACCGUUGUGUGGGGGGGGAAAUGCAGACGACCUGUGUGAUCAGGUGGGGCAAAUGGGUUUCAAGCGGAGCAGCUGCAAGUGGGGCCUGCAACAAAAUGCCGCAGUGUGCGGUUACCCCUGUUUAGUGUUUCAGCCAGCCAUCCAUGACUCCCUUCAGGUUGCUCCAUUCUGUUCCUCUCCUCGCAUUUUCUGAUCCCUCCCACAACAGAUAAUCAGCAUGCUUUGUGCUUUAUUUUCAUUCUGCCGGUGGGUUUUAUUGGUUUCUUGAAGAGGGGGGUUUAACUUCUUGAGAGGUUGCCGUGUCCCCAGCCCAAGAGCAAGCUGAAGGUCCACCUGUCAAGAAUUAUUUAGCUGUGAUUUGCAUUUGUAGAGGGUUGGACUGGAUGAUCCUUGAGGUCACGCCCACUCUGUGAUUCUCUUGGAGCAAUUUAUAGAAGUGGGACCUGCACAGAAUAUUAUUUCAUAGAGCUCUCCGGUUCAGGGUCCGACUCAGCUACCCACGUCCAUUUCCAGGAUACUCCAUUCCAGUCCCCCAUGCCCACAACAGCCAGCCGGUGUUCCGUGCCCACUGAGCAUGCACCUAUAUAGAGUACGGGUGGCUAAAAUUCAAUCACAGCACAAUCCCUUGCAUGCUUAUAGGACUUCGUUCAACAUAAGCGUGUGCAUAGCCUUGCAGCCUCACAAGUUAAAAGGCAGGUGGUUAAUCGAGCUCGUCCUUUAUUUAUUUUUCUUCCCUUUUCCAUCUCUUCCAGUGUUUGACCUCCUGAGGAAGGGGUAAGUAAGUAGCUUGAACCUGACUGCUAGAUAACGGCCAAAGGCCUGUCCAAAAGAUGUUUUAAGUUGGAUGUUUCCUCAGGCUCCAACCAACCUGGUGCCUUCCAGAUGUUUUGGACUACCACUCCCAUCGCCACCAUCAUCAUACAGAAGUACUGGCUGGGUCUGAUGGGAGUUGUAGUCCAAAGCUUCUUGGGAGGGCUUUCAGGUUAGCCAAGACUUAUUUCAAGUGCUUAAGCAGUCAACAAAGUAAUAGCAGUGGCUGUGUCAGGCGUAGAUCUCCCGUUCCUCAUAAAAAUGUUAAUCGUCACCUGAAUUCAUUCCUUGAAAAUGUGAAGUGUGAAGAACAAGUGUUGGCACGUUAGCGGGCAAGGAUUUAUUUAUUUUCUUCGAUUAUUUAAUGGGUUGCAUCCAUUAGUCAUUCUCCGAGUCGGCCUAUUGAAAUGAAUGGGCCUGUAUGAAUCAUAUCUACUUUGAGGCUUUUUCUACAAUCGAGGUAUAUACAUUUUAUGAAAUAAAUUAAAUAAAUACAUCUAAAUGGGGUGGUAUUCAACUAAGCCUUACUCGGGAGUACACCUAUUGAAAUUAAGAGGCCUUACUUCUUGAUUAAUUUCAGUCAGUAUGCUCUGAGUCAAACUUAGCUGAAUACCAUCCGGUAGGUCUACUCUUGAGUAUGAAAAUUUUAGUGGCAAGGUUGCUCACUGUGGCAAGACACUCUGAGGAUGUAACACCAAUCCUGGCCCAACUGCAAUGGCUACCAGUUAGUUUCCAGAUUCAGAUCUAGUUAGUUUCUCAAUUCAAAGUGCUGCUAUAAGGACCACCUCUCCCCAUAUGAACCAACCUGGACUCUGUGAUCAUAACCUGCCCCUUUCAUGAGAUGCCUGGGGGGUGGGCGACACAAGAAGGGGCCUUUUUAGAGGUGGCUCCCCACUUGUGGACUGCUCUCCCCAGGGAGGCUCACCUAGUGCCAUCAUUACAUAGCUUCAGGCACCAGACAAAAAACAUUCCUUCUUCAUCGGGCCGUUGGUUUCUAACCAUAUAUGGCCUUUUUACAUGGGCGGAAUAAUAAUAAAAAUAAUAAUAGUAAUAAUAAUAAUUAUACCCCACCCAUCUGGCUGUCUGGGUGGCUCCCAACAGAAUAUUCAAAACAUGAUAAAACAUCAAAUAUUAAAAACUUCCCUAAACAGGGUUGCCUUCAGAUGUCUUCUAAAAGUUAGGUAAUGGUUUAUUUCCUUGACAUCUGAUGGGAGGGCGUUCUACAGCUUGGGGGCCAUCACCGAGAAGGCCCUCUGCAUGGUUUCCUGUGACCUCACUUCUCACAGGGAGGGAACCGCCAGAAGGCCCUCGGAGCUGGAUCCGGGCUGAACGAUGGGGAUGGAGACACUCCUUUAGGUAGUGUAGGUUUAAAGGAUAAAAUAAAAUGCUGGUUUUAAUGUACUUAGGUGUUUGCUUUUUGCUUAAGAAAUUGUAACAUGCUUUGAGUUGCAAAAAAGCGACUAAUCAAUUUAAUUAAUGGUAGCAGUAGUAAUAAUAAUACGACUGAGACUGGGUAGGUUUUUUAAGUAUGUGGAUUUUAUCAGUAUUUUAUAACACUUAGAGAGGAUUUUUCUAAAAGUUGAGCAGUGUAUAAAUAUAAUAGGAUUUCCAUGGAGAAUAGAGGGAGUCAGGUUUGAUUGCAGCUCCCCACUGAACAUGUCCUUCCCAGAUUGGUCUUAUGUGAUGAUAUGAAAAGGCCUUUCUUGGUUCUCCUUUUUUUACCCCAUUUUUAGGCCUGUCAUGGAAGUGCCGUGUGACACCCCCUUCACUGAGGAACAGGCCCGACUCUACUUAAGGGACAUCGUCUUGGGCAUUGAAUACUGUGAGUAUCAAAAUGACACGUUUCCAUGGCAUUCGGGCGGCUGGGCACCCAAAAACAAAUUGGGGUAGGCCGCGUUCUGCAGCCUCCAGAAGCAUAUUUGGAGCUGGCCUAGGACCUGCUUUCUAGAUUGUUCCGGGCCCUUCUGGAAAUAUGUGAGAGGUUGGCACAGCAUAGGCCUGGUGGUCUCCAGCUAUGUUACAUCCACCUUCCGUAUCUGAAGGCCCCUGGAACAUAGGCGCCUGCCGACUCAGACCUUUGAUCCAUCAACUCAGUGUUGCCUACACUGACCGGCAGUGGUUCUCUGGGGUUUCAGACAAGAAAUGUUCCCAGACCCACCUAAAUACCUUGAAGGUAUUUGAAGGUGACUAUCAAAUCACCUCUCAGAUAAAGCUCUUUGAAGGUGCACUCCUGGUUGCCUAUCAGCUGAAGGUACAUCUUCAGAGUUGGGUUCUGUAACUGCAGAUUGGCAUGUGCAGUGGUACCUCAGGUUACAUACGCUUCAGGUUACAUACGCUUCAGGUUACAGACUCCACUAACCCAGAAAUAUUACCUCAGGUUAAGAACUUUGCUUCAGGAUGAGAACAGAAAUCGUGCUCUGGUAGCGCGGCGGCAGCAGGAGGCCCCAUUAGCUAAAGUGGUGCUUCAGGUUAAGAACAGUUUCAGGUUAAGAACGGACCUCCGGAACGAAUUAAGUAAACCCGAGGUACCACUGUACAGUGACCUCCUUUGAACUUUGACAGGUGUCCGUUAUGACAUUGGUUUAUUGACAGGUGGGUGGUUCUGCCCGCCUGUCAAGGUUGGCCCAUGGAGAUGGAGGAGGAGGAAAUAAGGUUCUGAUCCACCAGCGAGAUCCAGUUCCUCAACCUUAAUCUGCUUUAUAUUGGAGUCAGGCCAUUUGCCUAUCUAGCUCAAUACUUCUUACCCUGACUGGAAGCAGCUCUUAAGGGUUCCUGUGCAGAAGAGCCUCUAAAACAAAAAUGCAACUGUGUGUGUGUGUGUGUGUGUGUGUGUGUGUGUGUGUGUGUUUUAAGGCUUAUAAAAAGAACUUAAAUUCUGUUGCAACACAGGGUUGUGCCCAGUAUUAUUCCUUCUCAAAGUAGACCCAUUAACAGUAAUGGACUAACUUGGGCUCAUUAAUUCCAGUGAGUCUACUCUGAGCAGUUGGAUAUGAUCCUUAGGGUCCCCUACCUGUUAGGUUAAGGUUACCAGACGUCCCUGUUUCCCGGGGACAGUCCCCAAUUUUACAGAUCAGUCCCCUGACAAAAUCCACUGAAUUCGACUGAAGUUGAAAAGUGUCCCCGGAUUCAUUGGGGGGGAAAUCUGGUCACCUUAUGAUAGGUACCUUCCAAAAGCCAGGCUGACCUUGCCAGAACUCUCCCCAAAGCUACAGAAAAGGCGUAAUGUGUGAAUGAUUACUCUCCUUUGUCUAGACUCCCUCAUUCCUUUAAAAAAAAUAAAAAUACCCCCCCCACACACACACCCUUUGCAAGGCUCAAGCUGUUCUUGUUACAGUGAGGAGUACAGGGUGGAGGGGAAGAAUCAAUUUCUCCACCCGCCCCCCCUCUGCUCACUGCUUCCUUCCUACAAAUCGUAACACCUUUAUUGAUUGCGUCCAGGAAAGCCCAUGGCGGUUAAUGUGGAGACGGGCAGCGCAGCAGCCUCAAGGGAGGUGUUUUAAUCUGCGGUUGAACAAGCAGGUUUAGGAAGAAGAAAGGGCGCUGUGUGUGUGUGUGUGUGGACUUGAUGAAACCACAGGGAGGUUGCAAGCACCGCAGUCGCUCACUUUCGCCUCGAUUCGCAAGCUCAGUCCUGCUGCGGUGCUCCCAAACUCCAACAGUGGCAGUCAAUGUCAGCCCUGUGUGCUGCCUAAUUUUGGCACACACAGACCCCCUCCUCUCGCCUUCCAUUGUUCGUGCUCCCCUAUGUCCACCUCUGACUCCAUGCCAACCUCGGUGUUAAAGGGAAGCACCCAGAUAUAAACACCCCCUGGGUUCCUGAGGGCUCCGCCAUCGACCCCCGUCUGGUUUACCUGACAUAGGGGCUCUGCCUAAGUCAGAUAUGUCAAUUUUCCUUUCUUUCUGUCAGUAUAGGGCAGCUUCCUACACUCUAAAGCAGCCCUCUAUUCAGAAUAAUCAGGACUAGAUCCUUGCUUUACUUGAAGUAAGAGACCAUAGUUCAUUGGCAGGGCAUCUGCUUUGCAUGCUGAAGAUAAUAAUAAUAAUAAUAAUAAUAAUAAUAAUAAUAAUAAUAAUACAGUGGUACCUUGGGUUACAUACGCUUCAGGUUACGCACUCCCACUCCGCUAACCCAGAAAUAGUGCUUCACGUUAAGAACUUUGCUUCAGGAUGAGAACAGAAAUCGUGCUCUGGCGGCACGGCGGCAGCAGGAGGCCCCAUUAGCUAAAGUGGUGCUUCAGGUUAAGAACAGUUUCAGGUUAAGAACAGACCUCCAGAAUGAAUUAAGUACUUAACUUGAGGUACCACUGUAAUAAUAAUACGGUAAUUUAUUUAUACCCCGCCCAUCUGGCUGAGUUUCCCCAGCCACUCUGGUCGGCUCUCGAUCGAGUGUUAAAAACAAUACAGCAUUAAAUAUUAAAAACUUCCCUAAACAGGGCUGCCUUCAGAUGUCUUUUAAAGAUAAGAUAGCUGCUUAUUUCAUUCACAUCUGGUGGGAGGGCGUUCCACAGGGCGGGCGCCACCACCGAGAAGGCCCUCUGCCUGGUUCCCUGUAACCUCACUUCUCGCAAUGAGGGAACCACCAGAAGGCCCUCGGCGCUGGAUCUCAGUGUCCGGGCUGAACUAUGGGGGUGGAGACGCUUCUUCAGGUAUACAGGAAGAUCCAGUCCCCAAUGACAUCUACAGACAGGUAUGGUGUCUUGGACUGGUUGGACACAGAGGAAUGGUGGGAGGAGCCAGCUGGGGAACCACCAAGGGAAAAAGACUCGGAUCGUGGUUGGUGGCUCAGAGGGAGAAGAGGGAGAGGACUGGGAUGAAGAGGUUUUGAAGAGAUAGCAGGGCUUAGUGAGUGGGGAGAGUCUGUGGCAGAAAGAAGUCCAUAAUCAGAGGCUAGAGAGGGGCCAAGAGACAGAUGAGUCAGGCUGAUGCAGAGUCAUGGGUGUCUGUCCUUCCUGCUGUGAGCAGCUCCCCUCCCUGCUGGUCUCCCAGGACCAGGAGAGGCAUGAAAUGGGAGGAGCAAACACAGGAAACACAACCAUGCAGGCUUAGUCUCCGAUUGCUUGGGGGAAAGCUUGGAGAGGAGGCGACUUGGGCAGCUGUGAGAAGACGGGACCUUCAGUCUCAGCAACUGCUUCAUGGAGGGUAAUAAUAAUAAUAAUAAUAAUAAUAAUAAUAAUAAUAAUUUAUUAUUUAUACCCCACCCAUCUGGCUGGGUUUCCCCAGCCACUCUGGGCGGCUUCCAACAAAACACUAAAAUACAAUAACCUAUUAAACAUUAAAAGCUUCUCUAAACAGGGCCGCCUUCAGAUGUCUUCUAAAAGUCUGGUAGUUAUUUUUCUCUUUGAUAUCUGGUGGGAGGGCGUUCCACAGGGCGGGUGCCACUACCGAAAAGGCCCUCUGCCUGGUUCCCUGUAACUUGGCUUCUCGCAGCGAGGGAACCGCCAGAAGGCCCUCGGCGCUGGACCUCAGUGUCCAGGAGAACGAUGGAGGUGGAGACGCUCCUUCAGGUAAACUGGACUGAGGCCGUUUAGGGCUGUAAAGGUCAGCAGCAACACUUUUGUGCUCAGAAAUGUACUGGGAGCCAGUGUAGGUCUUUCAAGACUGGUGUUAUAUGGUCUCGGCGGCUGCUCCCAGUCACCAGUCUAGCAAGACCUACCAGAGAUGAGUUGCUAUGGUCAUUAGGCCUGACACUCCUGUGCAGAUCCUCUUACUGCUAAUAAAGAGUUAACUCCAACUUGCUCCUUGCGAUUGACUGCAGGCUCGCUCCUGUCUUAUGGCUGGAGAAUGUCCCCCUGCCUGAAACCCCAGAGAGAGCGGCUGCCAAGUCAGUGUUGACAAAUACUUGGUCUGACUCAGUGGAAGGCAGUUUUCUAUGUUCCUGUGACCUCUCCCCGCCGUCUUCACUUCCCUUUAGAUUCCCCCCACCCUACAUCUCUCCCCCCCCACCCCGCUGCAGAUUUCUUUUGAUAGGGUGUUAAAUCAUUCCUCCCCUCCAGAUGCUGUGAUGCGAAGCCGAUAGCUAAAAGCGUGUUUCUGUGGCGGCAGCGCCUUAUGGAGUGCUCUUUGUCCUUGAACUGCGGCACGCAACUCUGCUGAUCAAAUAUAAUGCGGCAAGAAUCGGCAGACGGCAUGAUGUGCCAUUGUGCUUGAAGUGCAUUUGUUCAUUCAUUCAUUCCCCCUCUCUUCCCUCCCUCCCUGAAUGGUGGUGGAAUCUGUGUGGUUCCCAGGCUGCUGGCUUCCAGGCAUGAAGAUGCCAGCGAAAGAAAACAGGCUGUGAGGUUUCAUUUCAGACAUUUGCAGUAGCUUUCUUUCCUCCUUUCAUCUAUAAUCUCAGUCAGCCAAACUUACUCUCUCUGGUCGCAUUUGCACGAAACAUUUUAAAGCACUGUGGUACUGCUUUAAACCACAGUUAAACCACAGAGCCUAGGGCUUGCCAAUCAGAAGGUCGGCGGUUCGAAUCCCCACGACGGGGUGAGCUCCCGUUGCUCGGUCCCUGCUCCUGCCAACCUAGCAGUUCGAAAGCACGUCAAAGUGCAAGUAGAUAAAUAGGUACCACUCUGGUGGGAAGGUAAAUGGUGUUUCCGUGCGCUGCUCUGGUUCACCAGAAGCGGCUUAGUCAUGCUGGCCACAUGACCCGGAAGCUGUAUGCUGGCUCCUUCGGCCAGUAAAACGAGAUGAGCGCUGCAACCCCAGAGUUGUCCGCGACUGGACCUAACAGUCAGGGGUCCCUUUACCUUUGCCUUUUACUGCUUUAAAUAGUCGUAGUUCCUUCUCCCCCCACCUUGCAAAAAAACCCGUAAAGAAUUCUGGGAGUUGUAGUUUGUUGAGGGUGCUGAGAGUUGUUAGGAGACCACUAUAUCCCCCUCAUAAAGCUACAAUUCUCAGAGGUCCCUGUAAAAAGUAUUGAUUUGAAAAUUGCUCAGCUAGGUGUCGCUGAACCAGAACUCCCAUCUGUUCCAGCAAGUGUGGUCAGGGAUGAUGGGAGUUGUAGUCCAGCAAGAUCUAGAAGGCCAAAGGUUCCCUAAGCCAGGAGUAAGAGAAGGUAGAUUGAAUUAUGAGGCUGGUGUAAAAAUGGAGCUUGUUUAUAAUUUGUUCAAAUUGCAAAACUGCAAGCCUUGAUAUUAGUAAAGAUACACACACACACACACAAAUAUAUUUAAAUUGAAAGAAGGGAAAAUAGGGAGGGAGAGAGGAAGAAUAGGAAGAGAGGGCAAAGAUGUCCCAUAAUAAUAAUUUUAAUAAUAAUAAUACCCCUCCCAUCUGGCUGGGUUUCCCCAGCCACUCUGAGAGGCUUCCAGCAAAAUAUAAAAAAUAAUAACAUGUCAGACAAUAAAAAACUUUCCUGAACAGGGCUGCCUUCAGAUGUUUUCUGAAGUUAUGCAAUUAUUUAUCUCCCUGACAUCUGACGGGAGGGUGUUCCACAGGGAGGGCGCCACUGCUGAGAAGGCCGUCUAAUAAAUAGUAGUUGUGCAAGUGGAUAGCUCAGUUGGUUAGAGCGUGGUGCUGAUGAUAACGCCAAGGUUGCUGGUUUGAUCCCCGUAUGGGACCUCUGCAUAUUCCUGCAUUGCAGGGGGUUGGACUAGAUGAUUCUCAGGGUCCCUUCCAACUCUAUGAUUCUAAGUUUUCAUGACAAUGGGAAGUAGCAUUGUUGUUUUUCCCUCCCCUGGGGAACCUUGACAGAAACGGCGACAAGAAAGCAUCCUAUAUACCAGGAUGCGUCUGAGCAAGGAGCUGAACUCUCCUUCAUGCUUGUUCCUGCAUGUAAUGAUUACCUGUCACAACCAACUUGGGAGCCCAUUUGUUAGCUGAACGUUUUGCCAAAGCAGCUCUUCGGAUCAGCUCCUGCCAGAAGCCAUGAUUCAUUCUGCACUGGCUCUCUGUUGGUGGGGAAGCUGCCCGGUGUGAGCCCAAACGAAGGCUGGGUCUCAGUUCCCUGCCGUCCCCAGUUUCUUAAGAUGUAUGUGUUAUAAGGGGAAGAGUACUGGCACGCUAGCUGUCGUGCCCUUGGGAAAUGCUGCAUGGGGGUCUCAGGUGGGUGGAACAACCCUCCUGUCAGUCAUCAAAGUCAUCCCUCCCGGAGUCAGGACAAUUAAAAAUGAUAGAAUUGGAGAUCGGGAAGGGACCUCAAUAGUAAUAAAUAAUAAUUAUUUAUACCCUGCCCAUCUGGCUGGGUUUCCCCAGCCACUCUGGGCGGCUUCCAACAAAACACUAAGAUACAAUAACCUAUUAAACAUUAAAAGCUUCCCUAAACAGGGCUGCCUUCAGAUGUCUUCUAAAAGUCUGGUAGUUGUUUUUCUCUGACAUCUGGUGGGAGGGCGUUCCACAGGGAGGGGGGCUACUACCGAGAAGGCCCUCUGCCUGGUUCCCUGUAACUCGGCUUCUCGCAGUGAGGGAACCGCCAGAAGGUGCUCGGUGCUGGACCUCAGUGUCCGGGCAGAAUGAUGGGGGUGGAGACGCUCCUUCAGGUAUACUGGACCGAGGCCGUUUAGGGCUUUAAAGGUCAGCACCAACACUUUGAAUUGUGCUCGGAAACAUACUGGGAGCCAGUGUAGGUCUUUCAAGACUAGUGUUAUAUAGUCUCGGUGGCUGCUCCCAAUCACCAGUCUAGCUGCCGCAUUCUGGAUUAGUUGUAGACCUCAAGGGCCAUCUAGUCCAACCCCCUGCAUUGCAGAACUCGCAACUAAACUGACAGAUUGCCAUCCAACCUCUGCUUGAAAAUCUCCAGUGAAGGAGAGUCGCAUCACCUUCUGAGGUGGCCCAUUCCACUGUCAAACAGCUCUUACUGUCAGAAAGUUCUGCCUAAUGUUUAGUGGAAAGCCCAUUUCCCGUAAUUUGAAAGGCUGCGUGAUUUGCUAGGUUCAUGUAACCAAGAGAACAGCAAGAACCUGUAUUUUAAAUUGGGGUUUUUUUCUUUUCUUUUUCCCCUAUCAUGUUUUUUAUUUUUACUGUGAUUUUAUUGGUGUUAGCCACCUCUGGCCAGGGAGGGCGGGGUAUAAAUAAAAUUUUAUUAUUAUUAUUAUUAUUAAGAAACAGUUGCUAAGUAGGGUCUGAUCCAAGCCUUAGCCCAGGAGGUUGUAGGAAUGCAGGCAUUUGCAAUGAUGGGAUUCCUCGAGCAUCCGUAAACCAACUGUUUUGACUGAUAACAUAGCAGGACCCUUUUCGUAAUGAAUUCAUUUAUUUGUUUGACUUAACACACACACACUCCUGCUCACAUAGCCCUGUUGGCAUUCUCCGUGUGUUGGUUGGCAAUUUUACCCUGUCCCAUUACCCAAACCGGCAGACUGCAAGCUGGGCACUGCAGCAGCACUGCUGCGGCAUUAGAGAUGCAGGUCACAUCCAUGCACCAAAAACUUUUUUUUUCUUUUGCUGCAAGGGGAUGGUUAUGCAAAAGAAACUGACCUCAGACUCUGUACACCUACCAUGUCGAGAGGUGCAGAGUCUUUGCCUUGAGGCUGAAAUUACCUUGAUUUAUGGCACAGCUGCCCUUGGAAUAUAUUCAUACAUACAUAAUUUUGUUUCCACGUUGCCUUCCCAUAGUUAAAACCAUCCUCAAGGCAGCUUAUGCAAGAAAGAAAUAUGUAAUGGCAAACAUAACAAAGGUAGUCAUAAACAAGAACUGAAACACUGAAAAUUACACAACCAAAUCGAACAAUUUCCACAUUAAAAUAAGAUUUAAAAUGAAGAUGCAAAACAUUAAUAUUAAAAAACAACAAUUGAAACAAAACAAAAAAACCCUAAGCAAUACCCCAGUACAAGAACUGUACAGAACAGCAGGACCUUCUGCAUUCAGUGCAGGUGCUCUAACCACUGAGCAACAGCCCCUCCUCCAUCUGGAGAGAGAAUCAGAUCUCUCUUAGUUAUCGGGAUCUUUCACUCGCAGCCGUGAACAGAAAGUCUCUCUCGUGUGUAUUGAGUUGUGCACAGCAGCAAAAAAUUGCAAACAGGAACAACAACAAAAAAAACCCAGAGAAAAAGUAAACAAAGAAUUAAAAAUGCGAACCAUAAAAUGUCACUGCCUGGAGGGACAAAAGUGCAUCCCCAAAGGGAUAAUAAAGCUAUAUAAAACUAAAAGGAUUAUCCACUACUGAUUGAGAAGAAAGGUUCUAUAAAAGUUCUCCUCUCCACCUCUCUUCAGUGCAUUACCAGAAGAUCAUCCACCGGGACAUCAAACCUUCCAACUUGCUCUUGGGGGAUGACGGGCACGUCAAAAUUGCCGACUUCGGAGUGAGCAAUCAGUUUGAGGGCAACGAUGCCCAGCUCUCCAGCACUGCUGGGACUCCAGCCUUCAUGGCCCCUGAAGCCCUUUCUGAGUCUGGGAAGAGCUUCAGUGGGAAGGUAGGAUGCUGCUUAUGUGAUGUGGACCCCGCUUGGGGAGGGGACCCCAAUAAGAGCCCAGUAAGAGCUGAGCAUGCUCAUUGGCCACAAAAUGCUGACUGGCUGUAACCGGAGUUGGAGGGUAGCAAUGGGGAAAUGGGGAAGAGGUGGAGUAUUCUGAGUGGGGGCACUUUAUACCACAACAUUUUGUUGCAACCUCCCCAGAGAUCUGAUUUUUUAAAAAUCUGUUUGCUUCUUUUCAGGCACUAGAUGUCUGGGCCAUGGGGAUCACACUGUUUUGCUUUGUGUAUGGAAAGGUAAGAUGUCUGUAAAAGGGGGACGGGUUUUUGUGGUGGUGCUUGGGGCAGGGCCGGCCCACCCUUGAGGCAAGGUGAGGCAGGUGCCUCAGGCAGCUGGAUCCACAGGGGCAGCAGAUUAUUAUCAUUUAUUAGAAUUAUAUGCUGCCCUUCAUCACAAGAUCUCAGGGUGGUUCACAGAGCAAAAACACAAGAACAAAAGUAAAUGGUUAAAACGAGAACAACAAAACAGUGCCCACCAAACACAUUUAUCAGGCUGCAGAAUAUUAAUCAGCCAGAGGCUGAUUAAUGGCCUGAAGUAAUUUCUUUCUGGAGCUGUUGUUGAUGAUGGUUACUAAUUGCCAAAUGAUUAGAUAAAAGAAUCCUGAGCAAAUUAUAAAAAGAACAUAAAUUUCAGGCAGGCUCAUGAUGGAGAAGGAAGGCAGUUCUUAAGCGUGGAACUGAAAAGCGUCUUGUGUGAAGAUGUUCUAAGAAUCUCUCUGCAGGAAUCAUAGGGGCCAAGAUCUCUUCACACACCCCACCCCAAUAAAAUACUUGAGGGGGCUGGUCCCCCUCGAAGUUGAUGACCAUUGCCAUUCAAAUGGUGUGUGUGCGACACAUCUUGUGACCUACCCCACCCCCAAUAUUUUAAUUCAAGUUGGCACCCCUGGCAGAAAUGCCCCAGCCUCCUUGCAGAGCUGAGCUCUCAGGGUUCCUUGGGACUGGUUAUAGAGUUUUAGUCUGUAAGUGCAAAGGAGAGGGCUAAAGCAGAGGAUUCACAAAAGCAUGCAAACCUUUGCUCUGUUUUGCUCUGUCUUUGCUCUGUUUUGCAGUGUCCUUUCAUUGAUGAAUUUAUCCUUGCUCUUCACAACAAGAUCAAGAACAAGCCGGUGGAUUUCCCGGAAGAGUAAGUAAGCUUUGCAGGUCACAGUGGAGCACAAGGGUGCUGCAGAUGACUGGGAAUCCCAAGUGAGGAGAGGGGCUUCUGUUGCCCUCAGGUCUUGCUUGCAGACCUCCCAUUGGGGCUUCUGGUUCACCACAGUGAGAACAGGAUGCUGGACAAGAUGUGUCUUUGGCCUGAUGCUCUUAACCCACAAGUUUGCAUUCUCACUACCUCUCAGAGAGAGCCAGCGUGGUGUAGUGGUUAAGAGCGGUAGACUCGUACUCUGGUGAACUGGGUUUGCGGCUCCGCUCCUCCACAUGCAGCUGCUGAGUGACCUUGGGCCAGUCACACUUCUUUGGAGACUCUCAGCCUCAUUCACCUCACAGAGUGUUUGUUGUGGGGGAAGAGGGAAAAGGAGAAUGGUAGCUGCUUUGAGACUUCUUCGGGUAGUGAUAAAGCGGGAUAUCAAAUCCAAACUCUUCUUCUUCUUCAUUGUGGACCAGAGGAAGUGGUUUUGCUUCACCUCGCAGCAGCAUUGAGCACAGUUGACUCUGGCAUUUUUCUGAGCCCCUGGAAGGAGUGAGAUUAUGACUCAUUGCUCCGGUCAUUGCUGACACUACCAAGUUAGACAUUGUUGUCAUUUUCCAAGUUAGCCAUUGCUAACAUUUACCAAGUUAGGCAUCGCUGACCUUUAGCAAGUUAGAGGGUCCCCCCUAAUGAGUGCUGCACCAUUUGGUUAUCUGUUUUUCUCCUCUUUUCUCCCCUACCAGCCACUCUGUAUAUGUCCUGCCUGACAUGAGAGAAAAGUCUUUACCUCCCACAGCAAAGGCUACAUCCAGCUCCUCCCAUUCUGAGUGGGCAGAUAUAGCAUCCUGGCUUAGUGGUUCUCUGGCACUUUCAAUAAGGGCCAAGUCACAGGUCCAAGAGGGAAGACAGGACUGUGGAAUUUCCACCCAGGGAAAUGUGAGCGGGGCUUGUAGUGGCAGCCAAGGACAAGAAACUGGGAGCCAGCCUUGGCUUCAAAGAUAGAUGGAGAAGUAUAAAUAAAUACAUGAAUAAUGAGCCUGAAGAUGUGAUCCUGUAUAUUUACACACGCACACAAGGAGAUUCAUAUAUAUCAAAAUGAAAUAUUUUAAGAAAAAUAUCUAAAGUGCACAGGUUUUGCAAUGGGUCUGUGCAUCUGGCUGUUAACCUGGUUGGUGGUUCGAGUCUACUCAGGGAUGGCAGGAUUCCUGAAUUGCAGAUAACUAGUAAGAGCUGUUUGACUGUGGAACAGUCUCCCUCGGGCGGUUGUGGCUUCUCCUUCACUGGAGGUUUUUAAGCAGAGGUUGGAUGGCCAUCUGUCAUGGGUGCUUUAGCUGAGAUUCUUGAACUGCAGGAGGGCUGGACCCUUGGAGGGGGGGUCCUUUCCAACUCUAGGUAAAGGUAAAGGGACCCCUGACCAUUAGGUCCAGUCGUGGCCGACUCUGGGUUUGCGGUGCUCAUCUUACUUUAUUGGCCGAGGGAGCUGGCAUACAGCUUCCGGGUCAUGUGGCCAGCAUGACUAAGCCGCUUCUGGUGAACCAGAGCAGCACACGGAAACACCGUUUACCUUCCCACCGGAGCGGUACCUAUUUAUCUACUUGCACUGCGUGCUUUCGAACUGCUAGAAGGGCAGGAGCUGGGACCGAGCUAUGGGAGCUCACCCCGUCACGGGGAUUCGAACCAACGACCUUCUGAUCGGCAAGUCCUAGGCUCUGUGGUUUAACCCACAGCGCCACCCGUGUCCCCCCCUUCCAACUCUACAAUUCCAUAAUUCUGUGAUACUUUAGGAAGCUGCCAUUGGUCUAUCUAUCUAGCUCAGUGUUGUCUACUCUGACUGGCAAUGGGUUUGAGACAGGGGGAACAGAGGGGGUGGCAGAGAGAGAGGAAGAGUAAAGGGAGACAAGAGAAGGGAGAGAAGGGGGUGGUAGAGAAAGAAUGGGCAGUGGGAGGCAGAGAAAAAUGAGUAGGGAGUGGCAGCAGCGGCAGAGGAAGCCGCUCAGGCACCUGGGGAGGGGCGAGCCGUCCAUAGGGGUGGGGCGAGCUGCCCAUAGGGGCAAGGGCGGGGCAAGCCACCCAUAGGGGCAAGGGUGCACCGUGGGGCCUCCAGAGUCUGCCUGCCUCCUCCCACUCAGCUGCCCUACAGCUGUGGGGGAGGCAGUGGGCAGACUGUUUGGCCAGCGUGGAGCCUGCAUGCGCCCAAGCCACCGUGUCUCUCCCAGGAGAGACACAUGACUUAGAGCACGCUGCAGGCCCUGCGGUGAGUGCAUUUUGUCACCCCGCUCAGUGGUGACACCCAGGACAGACAGCACUCACCGCAUCACCCUUCCUCCGCCCCUGAGUGGCAGAGAAAGAGAGAAGCAGGGCAGAAAGGGGUGACUUCACCCCUUUGGGGGGCUCCGACCUCACCUUCUGACUGACCUCGCUUGCCGCCAACAUGCAGCUCCAGCAGAUCCCCUCCCCCAAGGAAUUGCAGCCCCUAGCAGGAAGAAAAAACAACAUUGCCCAUCCCUGUCUCGCAGCUUUCGUAGAAAGUUUCGUUGUCCCCUUCCCAGCCCAUCCCCAAACUUGCGUCUCGAGCGAAGAUGCUGCAGCUGUGAUUCUCCCAACUCGGCGUUGCACCAAGGCAAAGGAUUCCUGACCUACUUGCAUGAAUUAAUCCUUCGUUCCUAAUUGAAAUGUAAAGAUGAUAUCAUAUCGCCGCCGCUGCCGCUUGAAAAGGAAUAUCGGGGGAAGAAUGUGGGUGGGUGGAGAAACGAACGGGGGGAAGCAGCAAGUGUUCGGAGAGAGAGCUCCCUCUUCCUUUAACCCUGGGCUUGUUUUCGGUGUUGGAUUGUAACUCAUGCAUUACACGGAGGGACUGAGCAUCCUCACUGCCCCCUGCCCCCGUUAAUGGUCUAAAACUGACUAUAGUGGUACCUCAGGUUAAGUACUUAAUUCGUUCCGGAGGUCCAUACUUAACCUGAAACUGUUCUUAACCUGAAUCACCACUAUAACUAAUGGGGCCUCCUGCUGCUGCUGCACCGCUGGAGCACGAUUUCUGUUCUCAUCCUGUAGCAAAGUUCUUAACCUGAAGUACUAUUUCUGGGUUAGCGGAGUCUGUAACCUGGAGCGUAUGUAACCUGAAGCGUAUGUAACCCGAGGUACCACUGUAUCUAGGAGAUCCUUACAACCAGGCUGAGCCAAGGAACCAUACUGCCCCUUGUUUAAUCACCCUUUCUGUAUGCUAGGAAGUUGGUGUAGGUUUGUGAUUUGGAGGUGGGGGGCUGUCAAUGCAAAGAAGGGGUGUUGUCCAGCAAAGGUCCCGGUGGUGAUGGCCAUGUGGCUGUGAUUGUUGGCCGUGGGCGACUGCCCUUUCCUCCCCACCCAUCACAUAGCGCAGAGUGCACAAUGCCCGUGGGGUGUGUCAUUGCGCUUGCCAGGACUUCCAGCAUUGCCAGUGAAAUGUCUCAGUAAAGCUGCCCCCCGAAACCCGGGAGACUGAACUUGUCUGGGGCCUGAGACGCCCCACUGAGGCAGCGCUGCCUAAUCUGCUCUGACGCUGCACGCUAGUAUGCAGUAGCUCAGGUUCAGAUUUUACUAUUGAAGCCUUGCAGUGCCAUGGCCAUUUCAUGCAUUAAGUCCCCAGUCAGCUGGGAGUUCCCUGGGGCAUUCUUGGCGUGGCAGCAUAAGUCCGGCAGGGCCCUGGCAGGAUCCCCUAGCCAGCUUAGCCCUCUGAGUUCUGGGGCAAGUGUACUCCGGGUUUCGGAGCAGUUGCUGGAAACGUCAGGAGGAAAGAGGGCUCUUGUGCUUGUGUCCGAGCUUGCGGGUUUCCCACAGGCAUCUGGGUGGUCAUUGUGAGAACAGUGUUCUUGUCUAGAUGGUCCAUUGGGCCUGAUCCAGCCGACUCUUACAGUGGUACCUCGGGUUAAGGACUUAAUUCGUUCCGGAGGUCUGUUCUUAACCUGAAACUGUUCUUAACCUGAGGUACCACUUUAGCUAAUGGGGCCUCCCACUGCCACUGCCGCGCGAUUUCUGUUCUCAUUCUGAGGUAAAGUUCUUAACCUGAGGUAAUAUUUCUGGGUUAGCGGAGUCUGUAACCUGAAGCGUAUGUAACCCGAGGUACCACUGUAUUUGGUUCUUACUAGGGAAACUUGUCCAUCUCAAGUUUCCCUGCCAGUUCCACCAUUUCACAUGAUCCUCUUUCACCUGCCUCCUCCUCCAAACUAUAUAUUUGGAGUUUAUUAGUCAGCUCUGCGAGAGACUCUUCACAUCUGCCACCUCCGCAAGGGAUUAGCUUUUAAUGGGCUGGCUGGGCCUCUUCCUCCUAACAUCUCCUGCGGCAAUAACUCUUCGCUGCCUGGCUUAUUUUGACAUCCCAGUGACCUGUUCUUUCCAUCUCGAAAGGCCUCUCUCCUCAUUAGCUUGUGUAGAGAGGCAGGGGAAUGGCAGUGUGUUGACUCAGUGUUUAAACCUAAGCCUGUUAAUUUGAUAAAGCCCGUAAGAGAAGCGGGAUUGGAGGCGGGAGAGAGUGCAAGGAAGGAGAGUAUCAUCAGAUUAGUCCUGGCUGCACCACAGACCUCCCAGAGACUCAGUCAGUGCAUUGGCUGUUUCAUGGGACCGUUUGCAAGCCGAGCAUAUUCUGCGCUGGCUGCAGAGGCCAAGGAGCUUCUGUUUACUAAAAAAGACCUUGCUAUUUUCUGCACUCAGGCGUGGACAGAAGCCAGUCAGUCACAAACCAUUUGUUCUGCGCCGUUGCUUAGUUUUCCCAUUUGGAGUUCACAGGUUUUUAUGCUCCAGCGGAGCUGGUGCGAUCUGCUUGGUCUAAUGUUCUCAUUCCUAAAGCAUGAUUUGUAAGGUAGUUAAAUUUUGAAUCGGGGUUCAAGAUGACCUCGACAGAUUGGAGAACAGGGGCCAAAACAAGCAAAAGGAAAUUCAUUAGGGACAAAUGUCAAGUUCUGCGCUUAGGCAGGAAUAAGCAGCUGCACAAAUAUAGGAUGGGGGACACCUGGAUUGCCAGUAGUAUAUGUGAGAAGGAUCUAAGGAGUCUAAGUAGACCACAAGCAUAAAAUGAGUAAACAGUGUGAUGCGGCAGCAAAAAAAAAAGGGGGGGGGAAGCUAAUGCAAUUCUGGGCUGCAUCAACAGAAGUCUGGUGUCCAGAUCAAGAGAAGUUAUUUUGUUGUUUAGUUGUGUGCAACUCUUCGUGACCCCAUGGACCAGAGCACGCCAGGCACUCCUGUCUUCCACUGCCCCCCACAGUUUGGUCAAACUCAUGCUGGUAGCUUCGAGAACACUGUGCAACCAUCUCGUCCUCUGUCGUCCCCUUCUCCUUGUGCCUUCAAUCUUUCCCAACAUCAGGGUCUUUUCCAGAGAGUCUUCUCUUCUCAUGAGGUGACUAAAGUAUUGGAGCCUCAGCUUCAGGAUCUGUCCUUCCAGUGAGCACUCAGGGCUGAUUUCCUUCAGAAUGGAUAGGUUUGAUCUUCUUGCAGUCCAUGGGACUCUCAAGAGUCUCCUCCAGCACCAUAAUUCAAAAGCAUCAAUUCUUCGGUGAUCAACCUUCUUUAUGGUCCAGCUCUCACUUCCAUACAUCACUACUGGGAAAACCAUAGCUUUAACUGUACGGACCUUUGUUGGCAAGGUGAUGGCUCUGCUUUUUAAGAUGCUGUCUAGGUUUGCCAUUGCUUUUCUCCCAAGACGCAGGCGUCUUUUAAUUUCGUGACUGCUGUCACCAUCUGCAGUGAUCAUGGAGCCCAAGAAAGUAAAAUCUCUCACUGCCUCCAUUUCUUCCCCAAGGGAAGUUAUAGUACCGCUCUAUUCUGCCUUGGUCUGAGCACAUCUGGAGUCCUGUGUCCAGUUCUGGGCACUGAAGUUUAAGAAGGAUAUGACAAGCUGCAAUGUGUUCAGAGGAGCGGGAACCAAGAUGACCGAAGCUUAUGAAGAAUGCUUGAGGGAGUUGGGUAUGUUUAGCCUGGAGACUGAGAGGUGAUAUGAUAGCUAUCUUCAGGUAUCUGAAGGGCUGUUACAUGGAAGAUGGAACAAGCUUGUUUUCUGCUGCUCCAGAGGGGAGGACCUGAACCAAUGUCUUUAAAUGUCAAAAAAGGGGAUUCCGAUUAAACACAGAGGAAAACUUUCUUACGGCAUGAGCUGUUCAACAAUGGAACAGACUCCCUCGGAAGCUGGUGGACUCUCCUUCCCCGGAGGUUUUUAAACAGCGGUUGGAUGGCCACCUGUCAGAGAUCCUUUUAGCUGUGGUUCCUGCACUGCAGGGGCUUGGACUAGAUGACCUUUGGUGUCCCCCUCCAACUCUACACUAGUGAGCUGCUAUGAUUCAAUAUGCGGCCUAGGUCUCCAUCUCCCCCAUGUCAGCAUGUUUCAAAGAGAGUUUGUUGCUUGUACUGGGUAUGUCCAUCCCGGUUUCUCCAGUUUUUCCAGUUUGGGGUUAUUGUUUUUUUAAAAAAAACUCCUAAAAGUAGUUUGGUGGCUGAACACAGAGGAGUGGCAGCCUGUAGCUUCUGCCCCCACAACCAAACGCUUUGUUUUUCUUUCUGCCAGGCCUUGGAUCAGCGAGGAGUUAAAAGACCUGAUCCUGAAGAUGCUGGAAAAGAACCCUGAAACGAGGAUCACAGUCCCCGAAAUUAAGGUAAGUGGGACAUGAACAUUGAUAGGAACAAAGGAAGCUGCCUUAUAUGUUUACUAGUCCUUCCAGCUCACUGACUGGCAAUGGCUUUCCAGGGUUUCAGGCAGGAUUUUCCCCAGCCGUUCCUGUAGAUGCCAGGGUUUGAACCUGGAACCUCCCUGGCUUGCACAGACUUAGAAUUUUGCCAUCUCUGGGCUGUUAAGUAUCAGUGUCCGUCUCGUUUACAUGUUAAGUUUUAUUAGAGUUGCCCCACCAAGCUGUGCCUGACCUCAGCCAGCCCCAGCCGCCUGUGCCCUCCAACACCUAGCUGCCACCCCUCAGGAUAGAUAGAUAAUAGAUAGAUAGAUAAGCUUUACAGUGGUGCCUCGCAAGACGAAUGCCUCGCAAGAUGAAAAACUCGCUAGAGGAAAGAGUUUUCCGUUUUUUGAGUCGUUCCGCAAGACGAAUUUCCCUAUGGGCUUGCUUCGCAAGACGAAAUGUCUUGCGAGUUCUUGUUUCCUUUUUCUUAAAGCCGCUAAGCCGUUAAUAGCCGCUAAGCCGCUAAUAGCCGUGCUUCGCAAGACGAAAAAACCGCAAGACGAAGAGACUCGCGGAACGGAUUAAUUUCGUCUUGCGAGGCACCACUGUACUCGCAUUAGCCAACGGCCAUAGCAACAUAAAACAAGCAAUAUAUAUAAUUAAAAAGACAACAAUGGGUAAAAAGAACAAUCAGAUGACCAAGAUUAUCGUUCAGAUAGUGGCCCUUAAUCUCAUUGCACCCUCGAUAAACCUAGCAACCUUUGCUGUUGUCUGAUCAUUUUGAUCUGAUAAAAGAAAGCACAAUGUGGCCGCAGAUGGGCGGCCUGGGAUGGUAAGUAAGAGUGGGGUGAUGAUCUCAUUCCUCAGAUCUUUAUAAAGGGGACAGGACAGGAGAACAUGAGCCACUGUUUCCAGACUGCCAUCUCCACAUGGGCAGAGUCGUUUCUCAGUUGGAAUCUUUUGGUAUCUGCCCUCAAGUAUGGCAGAGGGCAUCACAUCCAAUCUAGCCCUCAGGAUUUGCCACCUGAGGCAGCCACCUCACUCUGCCUCUUGCUAGGACUGGCCCUGGCCAUGAUAGCCUUGGCUUGUGUCUUCCAUGCAGCUGCACCCUUGGGUGACGAAGUUCGGAGAGGAUCCUCUGCCUCUCGAGGAGGAGCAUUGCACAAUUGUGGAGGUCACCGAGGAGGAAGUGAAGAACUCUGUCAAGACAAUCCCGAGUUUGCCUGCUGUGGUGCGUACCGCUGCCGUCGCGACACUGUGUUGUGCAGGGUUUAAAAGCCACCAUCCCUCCGCAUUGUGUGGUUGAUGGUACAGAACUGGGUGCUUGGCUAAUGGCCGGUGUGGGUGCUCUUUGUCCAAAGUUGCGUUACACCAUGCCACAUUAAGCUGCUGAGUGGAAGGAGGUUGGAUCCUGUUUUCCCCAGCAGAAGGAGAUGAAUGCUGAGAUGAAUGCUUUAGGAUUUGACUGGAGAGCUGGUUCAGAAGGUCAGGAGCUACUGCCCUGACAGUAGCCUUGUCUGUGUUUUUCCGCUUGCUUCUUUUCUGCCCCAAAAUGCCUGCUCAACCUAUAUAUUGCAAGCAACUUAUCAGGCGAGCCUGACAUAAUAAGAAUGCUUAUAUUGGAAGCCACCGUCAUAAUCUGGUAUGCAGCAUUUGAAAUUCACCAAGCACAUUUUGCACCUGGCUAUCGGCCACUUGCGGCCAAGUGAAGAUUCCCAGGCGUCAAGAUGGCGCCUGAUGUCUCCACCGUCUGGAACUGCAUGCCUGGGGAUCCUUGGAUCUUGCCUGUUUUCACACACUAACACCACAUCCGGUAGAAUUCUACCUGUUAUAUUUUAUCUGCACAAUCAGAAUGAGUUUCAGGAACCAGUAUGUCAAAAAAUACAAAUUUCGAGCCGGCUGGCCCAAAAAUGGCAACUAGGCAUUCUGUUUUGGCAACUGCAACCCUGGUUUAAGGAGCUAUUUGGUGCCUAGAGUAUGUAUCUGAGUAUCUAACACUGCUGCUAUGUAGGGGGCAUCCCUGGUGCAGUGGGCUGUAAAACUCUCUGUGCACCUACUCCAAAAGUGUGGCAGCUGCUCACUCGCUCUUUCUCCAGGCAGUUUUGGGAACAAAGCAACUGUUAGUGCAAGGAGAUGCUCCUGGAUGCUUGGCACCCCUUUAUGGCUCGGCUGGCUCUGGCAUUUAUCCGGGACUCCAAGCACAUUGGGACGCGGGUGGCGCUGUGGGUUAAACCACAGAGCCUAGGACUUGCCGAUCAGAAGGUCGGCGGUUCGGAUCCCCACAAGGGGGGGAGCUCCCGUUGCUCGGUCCCUGCUCCUGCCAACCUAGCAGUUCGAAAGUACGUCAAAGUGCAAGUAGAUAAAUAGGUACCGCUCCGGCAGGAAGGUAAACGGCGUUUCCGUGUGCAGCUCUGGUUCGCCAGAAGCGGCUUAGUCAUGCUGGCCACAUGACCCGGAAGCCGUACGCCGGCUCCCUCGGCCAAUAAAGUGAGAUGAGCGCCACAACCCCAGAGUCGGUCACGACUGGACCUAAUGGUCAGGGGUUCCUUUACCUUUACCAAGCACGUUCUUGUUUCCACUGUGAAAUCCUUCCUUGUGAUUUGAGGUGCUUGGAGCACUCUGUCCCUUUAAGAACAAAAGAGUAGCUCUGCUGGGUUCCAGCAUCUUGUUCUCACAGUGGCCAAACCAAUGCCUGUAGAAAAUCCACAUGCAGGACUCAAGCGCAUCAGCAAUCUCCGUGAUUUCCAUCAAGUGGUAUUCAGAAGAAAUACUGCCUCCUAGUGUGGAGGGGAGAGCACAGCCGUUUGCCCAGUCCUCUUGUAAAACCAUCCAAAUUGGUGACCACCACUGCCUCCAGUGGGAGAGAGUUCCAUAGUUUAACAGCUUGCUGUGUGAAGAUGUGCUUUCUUCUAUCUGCCCUGAAUCCUUUUUUUAAUAAGCUAUUUUUAUUAAAGCUUGAAACAAAGAAAGAAAAGACAGUAUACAGAAAUAAAUAUCAAAUAUCAAGCAUUUUUUAAUCUGUCCUGAAUCUUUGAACACUUAGCUUUAUUGGAUGUCCAUCAGCUCUAAUAUUACUGGAGAGCGAGAAAAACUUUCUGAACAGGCUGCAGUUGCAAAACAAAAAACAUACAAUCACAUUUAAAAAAAAGAAGGCUGCAAUCACAAUCUUGAGACUGAAAGUUUGGAAAGGCUUCCUAGAAAUAGAUGAGUGGCAUGUGUUCUUCUUCUCUGUGAUCCAUUUGCAAUCCUGAUUUCUUUUCUUCUUCUUCUUACCCCCUUCCCUAAAGAUUUUAGUGAAAGCCAUGCUGAGGAAACGAUCUUUCAGCAACCCAUUUGAGGCCCAGGCGAGGCGAGAAGAGAGAUCCAUGUCGGCUCCUGGAGACUUAUUAAUGUAUGUACCUCUUUUUCUAGUGUUUGUCUACGGCAGGGUAGGGGAGCCACACCACAAAGGCAGGAAAAGGGUUCUGUACCCUGGAUCUGUGGAGAUCUGGGAGGAAGUGACAAGCUCAGGAGCAAUCACGUUACACACCACCACAACCCCCGAGCAGUGAGAGACUCCCGGGGGCGCGGAGUGUGCCUGCCCUUUCCCAGGGUUCAGUUUCCUUGGAAUGAAGGUCAGCGGAGACUGUGGUGUCAUUAGGAUAUAUGGUUUUAUUUACACAUAGAUACAUCCAAAGGACAAGAUGGACAUGCUCACAGCAUUGAUACUCCAACAGAUCCUGUUUCUCCAUUAGUCACAGAUUUGGAUCCAGGACAGAGCAAGUCUGUCUCUGUGUCUCCAUCUUCCAGUUCAGCUCACCCACAUUGCUGUGGCUAUGGUUCUCCUAUAUAGCUGCUAGGUGGGGUGGGUGGAGACAAGGCCCACCCAUUAGCCUGGAGGGCACCACCGCUUAGUUGCAGCUCUUGCAACCUGGUUUAUUCUUUUGGGAUGCUGAUGAGGACACUUCAGUGGCCAGCUAAGGUCAUUGUCUUAAACUUGUCUGACCUGUUCAGCAAAACUUCCUCUCUGAGAUUCUUGGGCACAGGGAUCCAAGAACUGCAAGGGUCUCUGGGUAUCAUCCAGACUGACCCCACAAACCAAAAGGGGAAGAAUUAUUUGAAGGCAGAAGAUUGGCUGAGUGCUGAGGAGGAACUGGAAGAGUUCUUACACAGUUGCACUGUUCAUGGUGCUCAGUUGCAUUGCAUUCAAAACCAAUUGGGAAAAGCAAAAGUCUCAUUUUUAGCAAACAGAAAAGCGGUACCCUAAAAGUUGCAUUUUAAAUCAUUUUUAAAUCCCCAGCUUGUAAUUCUGCAUAAUGUUUCCAGUGUUCAUAUUUCUCUAAAAGUAAAUUAAGGGCCAAAGACAAGGCAAUUAAAAAAGCUUUCAAAUCGCACAGUCGGCCCUUAAUUCACUUUUAGAGAAAUAGUCAUUGGUGUGUUCCUUGCCCUCGCAACCCCCCCCCCCAAACUAUAUAUUGAUUCUGUGACCAUCAGGAUUAAUGUUUAAUCAUUUUGCAUGGCAACUUUGGACAGCCGGGUUCACUUUUCGACACCCAGUUCCAAAUUGCGGCAAACUGAAAUAGAUUUUCUCUUUUUCAAGGAGACAGAAAUAGCAAAACAAAGUGCAAGCUUUCUCUUUGGGGGGGGUGAGAUGAAGGUGGGGGACAGAAGCUUUCUGUUCUGAUUUGCGUAUUCUUGACAUUAAGGUUUUAUCUGUGGGCAGAGAAGGAAUACCGCCUUUGCACAGGGAAUGCUGAAACGAUAAAACCGAACCAAUUAUCAGUGGUUGAUGCUAAUCUUUCCCCCUGUAUGGUUUUCUCCACAGGAUGUGCAGAAGUGAAAGGAAAAUAGUAAUUAAUUAUGUGAGCCAGGUGGUUAAAAUAGAAACUGGUACAGUUUUGUAGUAGACCUUAUACUAGUAUAGUACACCUUAUACUAUGUAGAAUAUACUACAAUACUGCAAUUACUAAAAACUACAAAUAUGUGUUCACAACAUACAUUUGAAGCCUGAUGAAAACACUUCAGACAAGCAUGGCUGCUAAACACCCCAAAAAAAGAAUUCUGGGAGCUGUAGUUUGUUGAGGGUGGCUGAGAGUUGUUCGGAAGCCCCCAUUCCCCUCUCAGAACUAUGAUUCCCAGAGUGGUUUCACCAUCCAGCCCUUUCCCCAGGGAAUUCUGGGAAUUGUCUCCUCCAUCUCCCAGCAUUCUUUGGGGGAAGCCAUGACUGUUUAAAGUGGUAUCAUAGUUUCCUGUCCUACGGGUCCAAAAGCUGACCAGGGCAAAGGAUUGAUUGAUGCCCUGAAGAACCCAGAUUCAGGGAUUCCAAAGAAAGUUCUAGCACUUCAUUAUAGAGACAUACCAAGAGACUUACAUGCAAUAGUGCAGUGCUGAAUUCCUUGCUGCCACACCUCAAGAUGGAUGUUGAAGCGGCUUUGUUGGUGAGGGGCUAAUUGUACAUGGGCUACUUACACGAAAAGCGAGCUACGUAAGCUGGCAACAGUAGCUCAGUUAACCACCCUUGGCUUAGAGGCCUGUUCCCCACUCCCAUCCAUCUUUUGGAAAAAAGGAGUAGUCGACAGCCCAGCCAGUGUGAGAAGCUUCCCCUCUCCCAACUAACUGAACCAAAAGUAAGGCUUCAAAGCAAAGCAGAUGAGCAUGUAUGAUCUCAUUUGACAGCUCACACCAAUUAGUCCUGGGGUUAUCUUGACUACCAAGAGGGCCUUUACAGGCCUACCGGGAUAUUCACACUGUGUACACAGAGUGCUUUAAAUGCAUUUUGCUGGUUUUGCCUAAAUUGACUCUCAGCACAAUCCUUUGCAGGUUUACUCCAUGGUAUUCAGUAGCUUGCUUCCAGGUGUAGGAUUCACCCAUUGAGCUCAAAGUAAUUUAGGUCCUGGAACCCAGGGAUAAGUCUUUCUGAGUCACUGCGCACUGCAGGGUGCAGAACCUCUGGCCUUCCAGAUGGUGGCGCUGUAGUUGUCAUCCAGCAAAACCUGGAGGGCGGCAGGCUCUCUGUCCAUGGUGGAGUGGCUAACCUUCCAGGUGUUGGGUUGCAACUCCCAUCCUUCCUCUCCAUGGACCCCGUUGGCUGAUGGGAAUUGGAGUCCAGAAUGUGUUGGGGAGAAAGACUGUUCUCAGCCAGGGGCUCCGAUCACCAGAAAGCCCCAUCAAAUCAUCAUGGGCUGUGUGACAAAAGUCCUUGUCUUCCGUCCCUCCAUAUUCUUCCUUUGAACAACUUCCAAAUCCUCCAUAAAGAUACCCUCUCCUUGCCUUUUUCCUCACUCUCACCCCACCUAUACCCGUUGAUUUUCAAAAAAUAUUAUUUCUGCAUGUAUAUAUUUUUUACUUUCUGUCUCAAUUCAUGCAAUCUCAUUGCUGGGUUUUCCCCCCGUUUCCUUUGUCUUCGUGGUUUGUCUCCAGGCAUGGUUUCCGCUUAAGCCCAUCUGUCUAUUUGCACCCAGCUUUAAGGUAACUCGGUGUGUUGCGCUGUGACCUUUUCUCCUGUCUCGUAAUUUGGUGGUGCCUGUGUGUGUUAUUAGAGAGAAUCUAUUUCACUGUUCCUAGAAGAGUGGGUAUGUUCCACUGUGGCACACUCAACCUUCAGUCAUGAAUACAGCCCACCCCCUUCUCCUCCUCCUCCCUCUUCCCCUUCUUCCAUAUUUUCUCUUUCUUUGUUUUUCCCCUUUCCUUUAUUUUUAAAAACUUCUAUUGAUGCAGCCUGUGCGUUGUGGGCAACUCAAGGUUAACAAGAGAGCUGUGGACCAAAACAAGUCCCAGAAAUGGAGGCAAACGGAACACUAAGCUGGAGUUUCCCAAGCAGAGAGAACUAUAUUUGCAGACUGAUGCCUCAGGAGAGGUGGAGGGCCAUAGCUCAGUGGUUGGGGCAUCUGAUUCGCACACAAAAAGUCCCGGGUUCAAUCCCCAAUGACAUCUCUAGGUAGGGCUGGGAGAGACACUGCCAGUCAGUGCAGGCCGUAAUGAGCUAGAUGGACCAAUGACAUAUAAGCUUCCUGUGCAGUGCUGAAGGAAAACUUCUCCCGCAUUUUUCUUCAACAGUCCUUCAAUUUAAUGAGAAUAAGAAGAGAGGAGGGGAGAGGAAAUUUUGAUGAUGUUCUUGUAGGUGGGGUGCAGGGUUUUGGUCCUUCUUCCACUGCUUUUGAGGUGUUUGGGAAGAGUUAUUUUCUUCCAUUCUACAAGCUAACGGUGGUCUGCGUUCGGCAGCCUCCCCGGGUGCCCACGCUUCAAUCAAAACACAAGGGAAGGCAUCAUGUGAUUAACUCAUCCCUCUUUGGCGCCUUUUUAGGACCAGAAGGGGCGGGCGGUCAGGGAAAAUUCUGAAGGAACAUCUCCUGGAAAGAAAGUCACAAACACACACAAACCCUUAGCCACCUCAGAAUCAAUAAGGCCAGCUUAGAACCCCAUCCCGCCCCACUCCAAUGCUAAGGAAAUUCAAAUUAAAUGGCAGAGCACUCCAAACAUUGCAGAGCCUUCAUCCUGGCAUGCCUAAGUUUCCCCUCAGCGACUCUGGAGGGAAGAGACUUAAAGAGCCUCCACCAUGAAUACAAGUCUUCCAAGAAUCUCCUUCACCAGCCUAAAAUUUGGUUUCCUCAGAGGUUGAGUGGUCGAAGAACGGAUUGUGUCAUCAUUGGAUCCAUGCACUUUUCAAAAUUCUACCAGGAGUCAGGCUUACUGGCAUCAUCUAAAACAGGCUUCCUCAGCCUCGGCCCUCCAGAUGUUUUUUGGCCUACAACUCCUGUGAUCCCUAGCUAGCAGGACCAGUGGUCAGGGAUGAUGGGAAUUGUAGUCUCAAAACAUCUGGAGGGCCGAGUUUGAGGAAGCCUGAUCUAAAAACAUUAGGAAAGCCUGCUGAAUCAGGCCAGUGGCAGCAUCCUGCCCUCACAGUGGCCACCCAGGCAAGCAGGAACCGAGCGCAAGUGCCCUCUCCCCUUCCUCCGGUUUCCAGCAACUGGAAUUCAGAAGCAUUAGUGCCUCUAACUAUGGAGGCAGAUCAUAGCCAUUGUGGCUGAGAGACUCCCCAUGCAAAAAGAAAUGAGCUGCUGCUAUACAGGAGAGAGGAUUUGUUGCCUUUCUGGAUUGCUCUGCAAAUCGGAAGCUGCUAGAAGUUACCGGAACCUGUGUCAUCCUGAGCUCGGUCGUUACCAGUUAAUUGGAGCACCGUUUGGCUCUCCUAGGCAGCAUUUCUCAUUAAUUCAGGCAAUUAGCUGUACUGUAUCACCUGGGAAACACUGUCAUUGGGGAGAGAGAACCGAUCCCUUUCAGGAAAUGGCUUUUUUCAUUUUUUUAAAAAAGAUCGCCUUAUGUGGCUCUGGGGAGAAGGUGGAGGUGGAGAGCUUGGCAAAACAGCUUGGAGACUAAAAUUUUGUGGCCUGAGCCUAAUGACAGCAUCAGGGAAGGACUCUGGGGCAGAUUUCCAGAGACUCACAUUCAGGAAAAUGAACAGGGAACGCACACCCCUUCCCAAAUGAAGCAGGAGUGGCUUACCACAUUUCAAAGAAAAUAAAGUAAUGCUUUGCUGAAGAGUUUGGGGGUAUGUAAGAUGAGUGUCGUGCCAAAACUCCAUUCUGCAUCCCCACCGCCCUGCCCACCAUUCCCCCUCAAUUAACAAGAAAAGAAACAGCACUUGGAAGUUAUCAGAAGCAAAAUAAAAUGUUCAUGAAAUCCUAACAAGCGUUUUUGUUCUGCUUGCCUCCCUCCCUUUUGAACCGGGCAGGGGAGUCUCUUAGACUGUUCUUCCUUCCAUUCUACAAACUAACUCACCAGUGGUCUGUACGCUACAGCUUUCCUGCAUGCCCACAUUGCCAUCACAGGAAGUGCAGGCACCCAGGGAAGCUGCAAGGAGCUGGACAAAUAUUUCCUAGAAAGGAAAACGCAUAAUGUCGAGGUUAGAAAAAUGGCAGUGUCUUUUGCAGAGGAAUAAAAUAUUUGAGAAACUGGAGAGCAGAUUUCAGCCUAGCAGUACAUAAGACCGUGAAGUCCAGAAUCUAAAAUUAUAUAACUGUACUCACCACCUGUGCUUCCAGCUUAUAUAUUACCAGCGAUAAAACACCUUCCCAAAGUGGAGAAGUAGAUGAGUGAGUGAGUGGACCAUUGGUCCAUCUAACCUAGUAGUGUUUGUACUGACUGGCAGUGGCUUUCCAGGGCUUUCAGCAGGAGAUUUUCUCCUAGCCCUACCUGAAGAUGGAAACUCAAUCUGGGACCAUUUUUUUCUGCAAAACAGAUGCUCUGUGAAUGAGCUACGGUCCUUUCCAAUAGGGACUACCACACACAGCUUGCUUUCUUCUGUAAUGGGUGGGGUUUUAUAAUGUGUAUCUUUUGAACGUGCGCAGAAAGCAAGGGAGCCGAGAAGGGUUGAAGGACCCCGACCUGCCUGACGUAUCUGAAGACGAGGCCACAUCCUGAAGCCCCGAGCAUGUCGCACACCGAUCACUUAACUGCUGCUACCGUGACCAUCGUAUCCAGUGGUGUCAUCCUGCACGCCAUGCUGUUUUCAUCAACCAAAGUUUGUGACUUGCAAAGAGAGAGAGAGAGAGAGAUUCCUGCUUUGCAGGUGGUUGGACUCGAAGUCCCUUUGGGUCCCUUCCAACUCUACAAUCCUAUGAUUCUAUCAUAUCGAAGGGAUAAAACGGUGGGAGUCCCAGCUUCUGGGACAAGUAAUGGCCCAUGGAAGAGCUGGCUCUCCGGCUGUCCACAUCUGUUUACGUCGUAAGACAUUUUGGUGUUGUAUACUGGACCAUGUGCCUCAUAUCUUCCAGUUGUGCUUCAUGUUGUGAUAUAUGUAGUCAGCGACGUACGGCGAUUCGACCGAUGAAUGUGCACCAAAUGUUCUUUGCUAGAGAAUGCUUGGUUCAGAACCACCCAUGUAUUCAGAACCACUCCCGGCAUUUAUUUAUUUUUGUUUUGGAAUUUCUUAGUCAGGUUGCCUGCUCAAGCCCAAUGUUGUCUGUUACGCAACCUGCUAUAAUGGAACAGGUGUGUUCUAAGCUGCCUCCAUUAAGCAGCCUUGUUACCUUUCAGAAUUUAAUUGGCCCAACCUACUCCCAAUAUAAAGUAGACCUUGACAUCAGGUGAAUCACAAAGCUUCAGACCAGUUUUUCCCCAAACCAAACUAUGCCUUCACUUACAAGUUUUGAGUCAAGCAGUUUUUGAUAAAAUGCUUUAAAAAUAAACAAACUAAUGUUACACUUUGAGUACAUACCCACAAAAGCAAAUAUAAAUAGAGAUAAACCGCAUCCAGUUAGACCUAUUCUAGACUAUCCCUAGCCCAGCAAAUACUCAUCAGUACAGUGGUUUCUAGUCUUCUCAGUUCAACUUCUCAAGACAGGAUCCAUUGCAGGUUUUCAUCCAGGGCCUGUGCUUCAGGUUUCUGCUCUUUUUUUCAAUAGAGUUCUUAUUUCAGUUUGUGUUUCGGCUUUUUUCUCAUAAUAUCCUCAGCUCUGAUCUCUUUUUUAAGCCUAUUUUCUUUAUCAACUUUACUUAUGUACAAAACUUGCCCUUGCAACCUUUUAGGCAGUCAGAAGGGGAACAGAGUCCUGGUUAAGUUUCUGUUUUUCCCUAAUUGCCAGGCUGAACCAUUGCCCCUCUUGUGCAAAAAAACUUCUGCUUUGCAUUUUAAACUUUCCUGUGUAAAACACCUUCCUGUGAGCUUCUGACCGCCCUGUGCAAAAGAGCAUAUCUCAGUGAACCCUGUGCUUUAAACAGGUGCCUUUUUGUUUAAAGAAUGCAUCAGAAACACCUCCCACCAGUGCCCACAUCCAUCAUGCUUCAGCUGGUUCUGUAGGAAGCAGCUGGAUCAAAGUCAGAAAAUUGGAAGAUGGCAACUUACCUUCAUCCAUAGCCCUUGGGUUUUGGUAGUAGAGCUUGUAAGAGCUUUUCAUCUCAUGGACUUUCAGAAGAGUCUGGAAUUGAUUCUGUAGAUUCCCUGCCGUGGGAUUGGUUGGAAUCAGCCCCCUGUGCAAUCUACAAAGCCUGGGGUUGGCUAGCAUCAAGAAAUGUUGAUCAUGCAGAUCAGGGAGGGAGAGUAGUUGGUGGCCUGAAGACUGCCAAUCAAUCUUGGAUGCACAAUCAGCACAAAGUAAAGCAUGCGACCUCCAUUGCUAGGAUGAAAAGACCAUGGCAAACUCUCUUGGAUUCCGUCUGAAGUUCCUGCAAGCACAUGCAUAAUGAGGAAUGAAGUUCUGUGCCUGUAUGAUGAUCAGAACAGUGGCUUGUCUAUAUCCUACAGCAGGCACCCCCAAACUUGGCCAUCCAGAUGUUUUGGGACUACAACUCCCAUGACCCUAGCUAACGGGACCAGAGGUCAGGGAUGAUGGGAAUUGUAGUCCCAAAACAUCUGGAGGGCCGAGUUUGUGCACAAAAAUCAGCAAAAGGAAAACCAGUGGCUUUACUAACAGAAGAUUGGAAGUUCAUCUGUGCUUCAACUAGUGAGAGAGGAGACAUUCAGUUCAGUUCAAUUCAAUUCAGUCUGCACAUGACAGGAGAACCUACUUAAUCUACACUGUAGCAAUAUGUCUUAUAUAUAACUGGACCUUGGAGGUUUUUUAAAACAACAACAAAUGGUUUAUAAAUUUUCUAAGUAAAAGAAGCUGUCACCCCUCCUUGCUCUUCUGGUCAAACCCACCAAACCUCCACCCCUUUCCAUCCCCUUCCGCCCACGCCAACCAAUUCCAAGGCAAAUGUAUCAAAAUUUCAUUCUACAAAGCAAUAUGCAAACCAAAAACUCAGGCGUCUCUCAAAAUUCACACAUCUCUGAAUUUUGCAAGGCAGUUCUCCCGCUAACUCAUGUGGUCAAAAAUGCACAUGGCUAGGUGCGAAGUGUGCCUAGGAAUGCAUAUAUUAGAGAGAACCACAUACAGAACUGCACUGAGAAAAAUUGCUUUGCAAGAUGUGUAUAUUGAGAGAAAUUGGGACCGAAAUGCUCAAGGAUUUUCCAACCCUCAGGAAGUUUCUGUUGAAAUCUGUUUCUGCCUGUUUCGUUCUAGUCCCAUCUUUUCUGCCCCCAUCUUUCACAUUUCUAGGGAAUUGUGGAAUGACCGCACUUUUCUUUAAGACUGACGUUCAAAUUUAUCAUUCCCAACAUUCAGAGCUGUAUUCUGUCUCUCUGGGAAUUAUAGCCAACCGUUCUUCGCCCUCCCCAAAUUGGCUUCAGCAAAUCCUGUCGUUUUCCAGACUUACAGCAGUCAGUCAGUCGUCCAUUCCUGAUAUUUCCUCACCAAACCAUCCAUUGCUACCUCGCGAAUUAUUGCUAAUCCUGUUCAAGUAGUUAUUAAUUUGAUGUCUGUAAAGUGUGCUUUAUAACCGUAAGUGGGCCAACAGACAAUAUAAUUCCUCUUGCAUGGCUGGUGGGCAUGAAACUCAACAGGAUAUUAGAUCAUGUUGAGCAUGGAUACAGUGUCAGCACUCCAUGUAUACAAUAGUCCUGUAUGAGGGCUAGUUUGAUUGCCUCAGUGUUACAGUUUGGUUCCAAAGCUGGCAUUUGGCGGCUUGGCUGAGAGUUCCCAGCUGGGAUGAGACUUAGUAAUAAUAAUAUUUUUAUUAUUGGUUCCCCACUCUUCUGACUGGGUUGCUCCAGCCACUCUGGGCAGCUUCCAACAUAUCUAAAAACAUAAGAAAACAUCAAAGUUUUAAAAACUUCCCUAUACAAGGUUGCUUUCAGAUGUCUUCUAAAAUGGUUAGUUAUCUCCUUGGCAUCUGAUGGGAGGGCGUUCCACAGGGAGGGUGCCACUACCAAGAAGGCCCUCUGCCUGGUUCCCUGUACCAGAGACUUGGAACCAAGGAUGGUGCUGGCUUCUAGCUUCUGCUCUUACCGGUGACCCUAGAUUAAUGCAGUUUUGUCCCAGUCGCUGAAGCAUAGGAGUGGGCUUGGAUGUUCCUGCAUAUAGGGCCAGGGAGCUCCUGCCAGCCUAGCAGUUUGAAAGCACACCAAAAAAGUGCAAGUAGAUAAAUAGGUACCACUCCGGCGGGAAGGUAAACGGUGUUUCCGUGCACUGCUCUGGUUUCAGUGUUCUGUUGCGCCAGAAGCGGCUUAGUCAUGCUGGCCACAUGACCUGGAAAACUGUCUGCGGACAAAUGCCGGCUCCCUCAGCCUGUAAAGCAAGAUGAGCGCCGCAACCCCUGAGUCAUCUGCGACCGGACUUAACUGUCAGGGGUCCUUUACAUUUUAAGACCUUUUGAGGCUCUAAGCACUGAAAACAUUGUGGUGCCCUCCACACCCUCAAAAAUACCCACCCUUGUAAUUGAAAAUAAAAACUGUACUAAAGUUAUUUUUUAAUGACGCGGAGCCUACAUGUAUGCAUGCCUAAAUUAAGAUAGCCACAUUUUGGAUUUUCUGAUUGCAAAAGUCUCAAGCAGCUCAUCUAAGUUGCACAUUGCAAAGGUAGGUAAGAUAAGUCAAGCCUCUCCUGAAAUGUUGUUCCCUGAGGGUUUUUUUUAUUUCCAGUUGAGUAAAAAAGCAUUCUGCAGAGCAGUAAUUGCCAGUUAGAAAAGUGAUGGCUGCUUCAAUCCUUUUUUUUUUUUUUAAUGUCAAAUUAUUGUUAAUUCAGUUUAUGUGCCGCCCUUUAUCAAAAGAUCCCAGGGCGGUGUACAACAUUAAAAACACAUUGCAGAACAUCAGUGAUAAAAUCACUGAAAUGAAAAGCAUACUGACAGACAGCCUAAUAAUAAAAUAUCAUCAUGAUAACAGUCCUCUCCCCCACACUUUCACAAGCCAUAGAUUAUUUAAUAGCCAUAGGCCCGGCUAAAGAGGAAUGUUUUUGCCUGGCACCUAAAGGCAUGUAGUGAUGGUGCCAAGCGAGCCCCUUUGGGGAGAGCAUUCCACGAUCGGGGAGCCACAACAAAAAAGGCCCCGUUCUAUGGGAUGGGGGACAUAGAAAAGGGACUCUGAUGACGAGCGCAGGGUCCGGGUCAGUUCAUACGGGUUCAAAUUCUCCCCCCCCCCCAAAUUCUUUUCCCCCCUUUUUUUCUUUUUGUACUGGUGUCCUAAGCAAUUGCUGUGAUUUCUGCAUUGUCGCCUAGAUGACCCUUGACCCCCCAACUCUACCAUUCUAUGCUUCUGUUGGGUAAACCACCACUGUCUGCAAAUGGCAUAUCCUUUGGCAGUGAACAGAAUCACCCCCUACUUGUCUAUAUCUCUGAGGCUCAGGAGCGACUUAAGCUUUUUAGGAUCUGCAUGCCAUCACACACUGCUGCCACCAUUACAGAAAAUCUGCUAUGAUCACAUCCCUUAUUCCAAAUGGGUGUACGCUUCUCAGCUAGUUAUAUUCUUGAUGUUGUAAUGUGCCUUAUUUAAUUAUAAGACUCUGUAAUAAAGACACACGCCCACACCCCAAAAUAUGAUGUCGAGAACAUAUAGAGGAUAGCAUUUAAAUCCACGCUGCCACAUCUCUUAUUUUCCCUGCUUUGUACCCAAGCCACCGGCCCGUUGUCUGUCAACGUGUAUGUGUCUGUUGUGAAAACCAACCUGUAUUUCUCCCUAGGUGUGUGCAUGUGUAUGUGUACAUGCACAAACCCCCAAACUGAAAGCAUGAGUCAUACACAGCGAUGGCAUUCGAGACCAUUGCUGCACUGUAAAUAUGUACCAUGAAUAUAGAGAGAGCCUAUUUAGGGCGGGGCGGGGUGGCGGGUUGCAUGCUUUUGUACUGUACUCUGGAAAAUGGAAGGGCAGGGGGUGGAAAUUCCAAUAAAAGUCCUUGG